UUGGUGCUGCUACUGAUGUAAGGUCCUUUCACAUGGGACCGUUUUAUUUGUGCGAUUAUUUCAUGCAAUGUCAAUAUUGGCUUGAUGUGUAUAGUCAGGCGCGUCAAAAUUCACCUCCUAAUAUUUCGUAAUUUCGUGUCGGAUAUUGGCGUCAGUCCUGGUGUGUAAGGACCUGUAGGCCUAUGAUUCUUACUGCCAAUAUGUCAAAGCUCUGCUACCGUUUUGUGCCUUUUGCUGUGCAGUGUGCACUGAGCAUCCAAAACGCAGAUAGUUGUGGGGCAAAAUAGUGUCGCAAAAAAGGACAUAUCCUUCAGGAGCAGAGAAAAGAAAGACGAUGAAAAGAAAAAAAUGCAAAGAUAAAGGUAUGUUCGCGUGUCAGGGAAUGUUAAUCAAAGAGAUUAAUAUUAUUGCCAGAAAUAGAGCCCCCCCCCCAAAAUCAAAUUUUGCUUAGGGCCCCAUUGAGGCUUGGGCCGGCUCUGCUUGUUACGGCAGCAAAGAGAGUUUAUUGUGAAAGUCCCACCCGGAAGUCUCCUCUCACGCCUGCCUCGACCUUGACGCCAGUGUUUAGCGGUGUUGGGAUUCAGUGUGGCAGCAGCAGCAGCAGGGGAAAUCGGGGAAAUCGGGGAUAUCUGGGAACGGGGAGUCGGUUAAAACCGGGACCAUACCGGCUGAAAUCCCGACGACGCUUUGACGGAAUCACCGCGGGGUUUCUCCCCGGACUCUGCACCUCUGUGUGUCGGCUGCUGGCUGCGGUUUUUCCCCCUGAAAUCUCCCUGGAUCCGCACACAGUAAGUAGCCCCAAUUCUCCUUCACCUUAACGCAUCCCUGUUCAGGCACAGUCACCCUGCUUGUUCUUUCUCUUUGUGCCUCAUGUGUGGAACAAAACUCUCAUAAAACAACGAUUUCAGAGCUUUUUUGAGUGAGAAUGGAGGCUUUUUUUAAUAAACAUCCACGGGAAUAAAAGCCAAUUAAUCCCGUGAGUGGCUGCAUGUGUCUGCAGAGAAAGGAGAAGGGGUGGGGGGUGACAGAGAAAACGCUUCAUAGAGGAAAAAGGGGCUUUCGUUCACCACAGAUGCUUAAAUGCAUGAAGGUCCUGUCUGCAUGUGCACACAUAUGUUCCAUUCCCGCCUGGAAGCGAUGCAUUUCACGGUGCAUGUGUGUGUUUUCUGCCUGCUGAAUUGUAACGCCGCAGGGCCUGCAGAGCGCACACACUCCCGGCCUGGAUGCGCAGGUUCGCCGGGGAGCAGCAGCCGGCUGACAGCGCCUCUCCAGCCGGAAUAUUUGCUCUCAGUGCUGCAGCUCGGAGGCCGGGCGUGCUGAGCUGACACCAGCAAGGCGUGGCAUUCAUAUAGCAUUACACAUUACAGGGGCGGGUUCCCCAGCAGCUGCAACUCUCCUAAAAUGUAUUCAAAUUAUUAUUUUUUUGCACAAAUAUAUAAACUUAUCAAUGCACUGGUCUUUUAUUGUCCAAUUGCUGUUUUCUCUAAUGAGCUGUCUGGUUUGGAUGUAUCCUCAAGCUUAAUUUUAAGAGCCAUUUUAAAUUCAGCAUCAUCAGAUAUGCAGGCCUGCCAUAUGUCUGUCCGUCUGUCUGUCUUAACAUCUUGUCCUCAUGCUAAACUGAACCUAGAAGUCUCCCUGCAUGCCCUCUUGCAGGUGAACCUCUAUGCCUCAGUCUGUAGGCCUGACCAUGAAACAUCUUAUUUGGAACAAACAGGUGUAAAAUUGAAGCAGAUUUGCGAUCAAGUUAAGGUCACAGGAUGUUUUCUUUCAGUUUUUACACUCACAAAGUCAUUCCCACAACCUGUGAUGAUACAUUUGGGUUUGUUGUUGCAAGCCCCAACCAUAGCCCACAAAUUAUGGCCAGUAAAUUCAAUUUUUUUGGAGCUGAGAUGUUUAUUUCACUUUAUACUGAAAACCAAAAAAAUUGAAAUGUCCAUCAAAUUUAACAAACAUAUUUAUCUCGUUUGAUAGAUGUUUUUGGAAACUGAUAAACUACAAGAAGACUUUUUUAAAUCAUUUAUCAGACUGUAUUCAGAUGUUUUUUUUAGUCAUUUGUUGAUUAUAUUGACAUGAAAGUAUGUAUCAAAUAUGAUACAAAAGGCAUUGAAGGGUUAAGAGUGUGCUACUUAUUCUGCAUGAUGUGCAUUAAGUCAGUUGGAGGAUUUAAUGCCCUGAAAGCUUUAAUGCAGCUGUGGGAGUGUUCUUUCAGCUAAAAGGCAAACACAAACCAGGAAGUCCUGUUUGAAGAUUAAUUGGCAAAUAUAUUUAUCCGCCAGAUAAAGUUGGACUGCCCUUUGGCAGAAGUGAAGCCCAGAAUGACUUGACGACCUGAAUGACGCAGAGAUAUUAUCGGUCUGAUUAAGGCAUAAAAAGUGGAGCCAAAAGCUUUCACAACUCAGAUUUAUAUCUGAUACUCCGAAUGUUAAUUUCCAAAGCUGUGCCUCAGUAUUUCAGGCUUAAUGUUGGAUUUUUCAGAAUUUAAAUGGGGGUGUAAAUGCGCAGUGGAAACUUGAGUAAACAGAGGAGUGAUGCCAGUUUCCAGUAUCUUGACAGUUUUAGAUAAUAAGCCAUGCGGUAGACAGAUUUAGGUCAGUGCCACAGAAUCCUGAAUAUUUAUAUGCAAAUUUAUACAUUUUUAGGUGUUGUUGAACAUGUUAGCAGUUUCUGUUGACUGUAUAUACUGAUCCCCCCCUUAAAGAGUUGUGCUUCUUUAAAUUAUCUUUUUUUGCUCAGACAUUGUAGGAUUAAAUUUGUCUUUUCACUUGUUUCUUAAAGCAUACAGCUGAAUCUAUAUGUCUAAUGAAUAAAAACAGAUUGGGUUUCUUCGAUAGACUGUUUCAACUACACAGAGAAACUAAUAGAUUGAGGCAGAGGUAGACUAACAAUUCAUUUGUUCUGAGAGGUAGUUUUUUGUUCUGUUGGUGUGUGGUUAAAAAAAUAGUCUUUUUUUUUAACAAAACCAUCAGUACCUUUUUAGGAUCUUAGCCACUGGGUUUUUGUUCACCUUGAAUGGCAAUCUGGGGCAAAAAUGAGCACUAUCACUGCAUGUACUUCUAAGAGCACAGUAGCCUUCAGAGAUUUUGUUGCAGCCAUAACAGCCUGUUAUGGUGAGUCUCAGGUUUGAAAAUGCAGAAAUCCUUCCAGCUUCCUGUGAAUUACACAGAAUUAAACUUUGAAUGGUUCUCACUUUCUGUAAGUAGAAUUGGGGGCUUUUUUUCUGAGUACCGAUCUGUGACAGGACCCAUCAGAGCUGAAGUGUAAUCAUUCAGACAGACUUGAGACGUCCCUCCUCUAUCACAUACUCGCGUGCAGCAAAGUGGGGCAGAAUCCAGCAUCUCCCAGUGGUGUUGAGGGUUAACUGGAGUAUAAAAAUUCCCCCCUGCCCUACUUCAACUACAGUCUGCAUCCAACAAGCCACUUUGCCAAAGCUCCACGUCUGAGACCUCCAGGGUCCCAGUUCCCUCAUUCAUUAUUCUCACUGUCAGUUUGUUCUCAUUUUCUGGGGGUUUCUCCGCUCCAGUCUCUGAAUGAUCCAUCCAGUGCCAAUCAAGUGAAUUCAUCUUUACAUUUCUUAUUGCAUGUUUCUUUAAGUUCAAAUAUUUAUCUAAUGUCUGUUUAGGUAUGAUGCAAGGAAAGGGAGUAAAUAAACCUUAUGGAGUCCUUAAAUUUAGGUGCAGAUCUCAGUUAACUGCUUCCUAGCAGUGAGUCCCUACCUUGCAACUAUCAACAUUACUAUCCGUAGAGCUCAACUACUACCUCAGUGGCAAGCUGAAAUUCAAACCCCUUCAAACUCAUAACACUGUAUAUCAGAGCAACAGGCAACCUGAUGUAGCUUGUUGUAUGAUCUAGCAAAGGGUGCUCUCAUUGAAACCUGACCAAUGUAACCUUCCCAUCCAUGUGAAGUGGCAGCAGAAGACGCACCACCAACAAGCGGUGCAAUGGCAAGUUUUCAGCCUCAUACGAUGGCCUUAUUUUUUUGACUAGCCCCUUCCCAGAGUGUUUGAAAAAGGGCAGUCAUAGAUAAGGUUGCAGUUUGCACAUAUUCAAACAUUUACAAGUAUGUCCUGAUUGAUAUUCAGUCAAAGUAGAUUUUUUGAAAAACUGACAGCCAUAUAAAGCCUAUGGUAAUAAUUUAGAAAGAGCUACACAGCUGCACAGAAACUGCACAAUGUGGACUUCACUGGAUACAUUAGGAAUCAUCUCACAAGAAGACAGUUGACAUAUUUUUCCAUCAGAUAACCUCAAAAACAGAUUGCCUCUUUUGUACCAAGAUGGUUUAGGUUGCUUAUCUAAUGGUGCAACCUACAGUCAAUCUUCCUUUUUGAGGCAAAAAUACUUUUAGGUUUCACCUUUUGGUUGAAAGUUCAGUGUUUGUUUGACACAUUUAUUCACCUAAUUAUUCACCUAACCUGAGGGUCUAUGUGUGAUCGCUCACAGCUGAAUCUUUUCACUGACUUUAUGCAGACUCUUCCCACCAUCCUCGGAGCAAAAGGCACAAAGAAAAUCAGGGUGAUCUGACAUGAUGGGACGGGAUGGUGAUGCCGUUAACUUAAAUGUAAAAAUGACAGGAGUUUUAGUUUGAUGGGAGCUUCUUCAAAUGUUCUUACUGAUGUUGCAGUCUUAAAAAAUAAGUUUUCAUGGUAGGAAACCAGAACCAGUAGGAAAAUCCUGACACCAUGUCAAACUUGUUUUGAAAUUGCAGACUAAGUGUUGUGGUUUUGUAAUUUUGUUAAUAAUCAAAAUGUUUUUGAGGUUUUUAAUCACCAUUUAACUUUAAAAAAAUCAGACCAUUUCAUUCUCUCUGAGAUUUGUUGUUUUUCCAGUUUAGAAUAAAAGAAAUAUUUUGCACAAACAGGAAAUCAUAAAAGACUCGAGCCAACUGAUUACAAUUUCAAACUAUGAGUGGAAUGCCACCGAGACUAACUUCACAAACAAACAAACAAACAAACAUUUUUUUUUAUAAAGUCAGAGCGGUUUUGGGUUUCCUGAGAUGUUCGUGCAGCUGUUUUAUCCCUGUCAACAGAUUGAGUUAAUAUUUUACAGCUGUGAGCUCUUCCAUUCCACUUUAGCACAAGGGAAACACUGCAGACCAGCCAUGAAGAUGUAGGAUUGACCUUGGAUAACUUUUUUGAGUAACUUUUCCAGCAGAAACAUGUAAUAAGAGAAGGCGUUGGAGAAGUAUAGAAUAAAAACUCUGGUAAAAACUAGAUGGUUCUUCCUGGGGGUUUAUUUGCGUUUUGUUGCUUGUCUAAUAGGGUGAUGAAUAAUUUUAACAAAAAUACAAGCAGCAAAGCAGACUUGUCAUUUCCCAAAGCAAAAAAGGGUGUUUUCAGAAGUUUUUCUUCAGUUUUUGGUGUUUCAAGUUGUUGUAAAAGGAGUCAGAGAAGCGUAGAGAAAUUUAAAAAGAAAACAAAUUCAUUAAAAUUUGUAGUUAUGGCUCCUGUGAGGAUCUCUGUUUGCGUCAAUUCUGGCGUCCCCUGUGGACAAAAUGGUUCCUAGAAAAAAAAAAGCUAUUUUGAGUGCGCUGUCAGGCAUCUGGUCUAAAACCUCCCCCCUUGCUGAGGUGAUUGGGAUUAAAAUUGGAGUAUUUAUUUGUCACGAACAGGUAACUGUUUCAAAUUUGUUGUUUCGUAACCAGCUAAAAAGCCCCUAACAGGAGCUUUAAAAUCUAGUUUGAUUAAUAAAGUUGUAAGUUUUGUUAAGUUCUACUUUGAUUAGAAACCAUUUUCUUGGACUAAACAUUAGCAUUUCUUAGGCCUGCAGCCUCGAGCAUCAACAUGCAUCAUGUGCGCUUCCUCUGGCAGCUCUGCAGUCAUCCUGUAAACAUCAGACUAAACGCACUCCUUACAUCUGUAUCAGCUGCUCCGGAGCCGUUUGUCACAUUAUUCUGUUUGAGGUCAAACCUGGUCACCAUCUGAUGGUGUUGUUUUCUUUCUUCUGUCCUCUCUCUCUCUCUGUCUCUCUCUUUCUUUUUUCUCUGAGACUGUGUCUGCCAGGCGUAUGGAAAAAUCAUCCCUCCUUUUUUCUCUCAGGAAAUUCCUCCUUGUCCCGGGGGUGAGAGAGACAGAGGGGGUGCGAGGAGGAACAGUAUAGAGCACAUCUGCUGCAGAGGGACACUCCAGGCCUCGCUUUUAGUUACUUCCUUUAAUUUUGUUGCAAAAGUGGCACCACCGUUGACACUUGUUAUCUUUGGUGCAUCCAAAACCAUUACUUAUUGCAAAAAACAUUAAAAAAAAAAAUUUUUCUUACUGUUUUACAUAUGUCAAUAGUCCUCUGCCUUUAACUGCAUCAAUCUUCUGGUAAACGGCACUUACCUGCAGUGAUUUAAUGCGUUGCACGGUGUGCAGUUUAAUGCAGUAGUGUUGUGUAGUCGUCUGUGGUGCGGUCUGUUUUGCUGUGUCAGAGUUAAUCCUGCAGAGAUACUCACAUUAAACAACAUCAGGGCUAAAGCAGGAAACUGGAGAUGGUGUGUGUGUGGAGACUAAUGUGUGUUUGUUGGUUUGUGCUGAUCAGAUUGGAUUGUUUAGAGUGAUGCUGAGUGCUUAUCGAAGUAUUUCAAUGACUGUUGAUGAUAAAAUGUUGGGGUUUAUGGGUAAUUAGCUAGUCAUGCCAUUGGUUGCCGGGAAAGUAUAGGGUUUUAUUUUUGUUGCCUGGAUUUCUCUUAAUUGCCCCAACUAGCAUUUCAAACUGUGACAAAGAGAAGGUGGUUAUUUUGAUGGUCUCUUGUAGUAUCAGAUGCCCUCAUGUAUCCCAAUAAAUACAUGGAUUUGAUUCUGAGACCAGUAAGUCCCCAAAGGUCUCUUGGUUUGAGGUAAAUUAACCUGCUGAGAGUGUAAUCCUCAGAUUGUCUGAAACGUGGACUUCAUAGACCUUGUUUGGGAUAUGCCACCCACUGGUUUCUGAUGAAGAGUUAAGAAACCUAACCAGAAACUUUGGUGGUCCCCAGAUUGGAAAUUUUGACUCAACCCAACAGUUAAAGGGAUACUUAACACACCGUAACACUGAGUUAGACACCCCCUCGAGAGAUGAAUGUUGCCAACCGCUUGCUUCUCUAGUUAUACCAACUUUAGAAAUGACCGCACGAUAGCAAUACGGAGAGCCAUGCACUCAACCAAAACACCACUCUAUAGCCACAAAUAAUGCUCAGAACAGCACCUAACUUUAUCAACAGUACGUAUAGGGUCCUAGCCAUAGCAAUAGCCACUCACCCACUCUUUUCCAGCAGCCGCUUGUUUGUACGGGAGACCUCGGAUGGGUGGCUAGUGCGAUGGCUGGGACCCUCUAUGUACUGUUGAUGAGGUUAGGUGCUGUUCUGAGCAUUGUUUGUGGCUAUAGAGUGGGGUUUUGGUUAAGAUUUGUUUAUGGCUCCUCAGACCGUUGUGUAUUGCUAUCGUGCGGUCGUUACUAAAGUUGGAAUAACUAGAGAAGCAAGUAGUCAGCAACAUUCGUCUCUUGAGGGGGUGUCUAACUCUGUGUUACAGUGGUUUGACCCUAACUUAAUUUUACGCCGGAAUAUCCCUCUAAAUGAAAGUGGUACAAAAAAACCUUGGAUGCAGACUGGUCAGAUUGGAGUAAAUAUGUUAGACCAAGCUUUCUUGAAUGGGUGUGUUUAAGGCUUUCUGAGCUUUUGGAGUCUGCCUCAAGUGGACACUGGAGGAACUGCAGUAAAAGUCUUUUCACCAGUAUUUCAUAUUAUUUUGUAUCACACUAUCAAGGAGGAUCUUGAUUGUGGCUUAUACUGAGUUCAGGUAUCAGGUAGAGGUAUUGGGAAGGAUAAACAUGAUAUCCCAACAUCUCAAAAUGGUGCUGAAGUAUGAGCACAGAGGGUGUUAUUGACAGUAUUCUGCUGUAUUUAGCUGCCUGGUGUGAUUUUAUUGAGAGAACCAGACUGCCUUAGAUAGUUUGAGUGCUUCAGAGCUCCGUGCCGUUAAUCUUCAGGAUUUUCCGAGCUGACUGCCUGGGUGUAUAAAUGAAAGAUUACUGAGGCACCUUGAUGUCGCCUCAUUGGCCUGCACCCGCUGACCGGCAGAGGUAGAUUAAACAUCCAUAUUAACAUCUACGGUAAUAAAAUGACCCAGUUUCGGUCAGGUGGAGAUUAGAUAGUGGAUUAAGUUUAGAGAGGGGCUUUUGGAAGCUGAACAAAAUCCCUUGUGUUUAAUUUUAGAGUCAAAAUCAGAUACUAGAAAUGGAAUAACGAAAUAUGAAAACAGAGGGACCAAAAUGUCUUCAUUAUCACUGAAUCUUGUGUCUUUAGGUUUUUUAGACUGAACUGACUGAUGUUAAGAGAGGCAUUAAUCUGAUCCUAAUGCCAUUCAUCUUCAGGGCUGUUUGUAUGUCUGUGUGUGCUGAUAACAAUAAAUACUCUUUCUGCUGUUUGUUGUUGGAACAGACGACUGGCAGCUGAAUGCUAUGACUCAGCUUGUGUGAGUCCCUCCCACACACAGACACACACACACACAAACAGAGCAUUAAUGGAGUAUCCAGAUGAGGUAACUUAACUCCAGACUCCUCCGUCUCCUCUCAGCUAAUUGCUCUGUAAACUUAACACCACGGACGCAUGGACAAACAACUAAACAAUAAAAUGACCUUAUAGAGUUUUCAGUGUACAUUAACGUUUUGGUACAAUUUGAGGAAAUCCUACAAGGUGUGAGGAUUUCUACGUGGACUAUUCUUUUGGUUGGUGCAGCAGGGAAGCCCUUCAGACCUCAGGGUUCGAUGGUCAGGGAUGUAUUUGGAAAAGCUGUAAAGAGCAUUCCUCUCAUAGUCUCAGUGACGUGGUGAGAAAACAAGGAAAUCUAGGAGUUUGGUUUGAGCAGUUGACAUACAGCCUGACUAGCUUUCUUAUAGAAAAUAAAGACAGUAAUUAGAGUUAAGAGAGUCAAAGCAGUUAGAGAUUGAAAUGAGGAAACAGAACAAAUGCAACCAUGGCAGCAGUUAGCCUCUGUAGUCUGCCAUGUUUGUUAACUCCACGAUCGUGUUCGACUGUGAGAGAUUUUUUCCACGUCAUGCUUUGCUCAUAGUGGAUUAAGACAGAAUCAGAUAGAAUCUUAUCUUGAUGUUUUCUGUGUGAUCUAGGGUCUAGACUGGCUGUUUUUGGGUAAAUCUAUGAGGUAUUUUUGGUGACGACAUGGCACUUUGUAAAUAAAGAUAGAUCGGUUAAUUGAUUGAGGAAAAGGCACCUUCAAAUUGCUCACCUUUUAGAAGUUCCAGUUUGUUUUCUUUCUCUACCUCAUAAAGGUCCUGUAUGUGUGAAACUGUUUGGUAUGUGGCGUAAUAGGUGGACCAGUUGGUGGCUCAAUAGUAACAAGCUAAAAGGUGGCGUAUCGUAAGAAAGCAACUAAGGAGAAUAAAGGGAAAUUUCUUGUCUUAAAAGCAGACUGACAUCUGAUCAUCUGAUUUUUCAGAUUUUUAAAGUUUGACACUUUUUUAUUCGACAGUAUUUGAUGGGGCUGCUGAAAAGUAAAAAAUGCUCAUGUGGGACUGAGUCCAGAACUAAUUUGUCUACCUAAUCACAAUGAGUAACAUAUAAUUUAAGUGCAAAGUGCUGCACCCUCUUCACAGAACUGUUUGGAUAAAUUGUUUUUAGUAAUGAUGCUCUUAUUUGUGGUUAAAAUCCAAAGGAGUCUACUGAUGAGGAGAAAGCAAAGUGUCAUUUUUCAUCUUAAAUGAACGUGUGACAUUUCAACACCAAUGAGCAUCCAGGAUAGAUUAGAAAAAUGUCGAAAUCUACUAAAAUAAUCUUGUACUUUUUGCUGAAAUUAAGCAGCUGAGGUAUUAGUAGCACCUCAUAGAGGACACUUUAGGGCAUUUUUAUCUGAAAUGAUUCAGACUUGAUGAGUACUUUGAACAUGGGAACACAGCUGUGAUGAUUUUCCGAUCCUCAUAAUCCACACUGUCUAAUUAUCCACAGAUCCAGCUGUCAAAAGUUAUACAACAGCUGAUCCGACUUUAAGAAAGUGCGCACAUCAUGACUUUUUGUGAUUCAUUUCUAAUGCUCCUCUGUCUUUUGUUUUUGGAAAGGGAAACAAAGUGUGGAUCUGUUUUUGUCAGGACACGUAGCGCAGGAUUUUGUUCAGACUUCCUUCAUCUGGUUUGACCAAAACAAUGAAAUUCAAACACAGUUUUCAACCACCAGCAGAACUGUCUGUCUGUGUUUCUCUAAUUCCACACAGAUGUCAGGUCAUUUUGGCCGCUGUUGCAGUGUUAAUGCACAGCCCUCGCUCGUGGAAAAUUUAAUCUCAUUUAUACUUUUCUCUAUUUUUUUAUUCUUUUAUUUUCCUUUUUCCGUUUUUUUCAGCUGCAUUAUCUGUGCCAAGCCACUCUCUCUCUCCUCUCUGCUUUUGUCUGUCAGUAUCUAUGUCCCUCGACCACUGUGGAGAUCCAGGGGCAGUCUGUGCAGCUGGGAAUCAGGACCUAACUUUCCUCUGUUGAAUAGAGACUCUGUGCCUCCUUUACUAAACAUUAAACUUCAAAAGAGUGUUACUGCCCAGCAGAUACAUAUUUGACAUGACUCAUACGUAAAAAUAAUAUCACUACACAGUCAAAAAUACACACAGCCCAGUGGUAUAAAGGCAAGAGCAAUCAUUUCUAGAACUAUGUCUGAAAAUGAAAUGUCACCUCGCUGAAAACACUUGAGUAUUAUCGAGAAAGUGUGAUAAAUCAAGGUAUUAAAUGAGUCAGCUUUCUAACAUGUUUGAGCUGGUUGAAUUGGAGAAGUAUAUCACAUUUUGAAUAGUUUCAACAUGCUGAUUUGAAGAUAUCAGAUUUUGUAUCAAGUCAAACAAAAAACUGCGGAUAUCAUUAAAGUUGCCCUUUUUUUCUCGUAUUAAAUAAAUAUAUGUGCAGAUUUGAAGCCCUUUGAGAUAAUUUUCUCUUUUGGGAGGAGCAGAAAGUUGAAAAAAUUGCAGAAAUGAUCAAGUUUUGUUGCUUAUCCCAGCUCAUUGUUUGCUGUACAUUUAAAUCAACACCGCCUGAAUGAAGUUAGUUUAAUAUUUAAGUGUCUCUUGGUCUGUUUCGAUGGUUGACUUUUUGUUUGUGGGUUAUAGGUUUUGUUGGUGGUGUAGUUUAUUAAGAUUAUUAAGUAUUAAUAGUUUUUCUUCUUUGUCUUUCAUAAAAAUGUUAGUGUUUUAUCAUUUUUUUAAGUGUGUCUCUUUUUGAAGGAGUCCUAUCAUUUCUACCCGCUGACACUUUUUAUCCUAUCAGCCUGGGACACCUAUACAAUAAUACAGCACGAUACAAUACAAGAAGUUUAUUGAUUCCCAAAGUAGCUUUGCGUAAAGAUGAUCCUCUGUCAGCUUGAACAUAGAUGGUAAAGUAGAAGUUAGCUGCCAGCUUGUUAGCCUGUUAGCUUAGCAUUGUAGUUUCCCCUCAAAGCAGUAAAACAAGUCCCAGAAGAAGUCCUGAUUAUAGUCUCUCCUGAGCCCCACCUCAGAGCCUUUCAUGUGUGAAGCAUUGAAAUAAGACGGAGAUGAUGUUAUUACAAAGUGUGUGUGUGUGUGUGUGUGGCUGAGUGUGCGUGUGUGUGUGAGAGGUCAAAACAAAGUGAGAGUGUGUUUGGGGUUUGUCGGUUGGUCAGUCAGCCUGGUUUGAAGGAACUGUUGACACAGUAAGUUGUGUGUGUGUGAGAGAGUGUGUGUUCGAAGACUCUGUUGAUACUGUAAGCCUGUCUGUUUUCCAUUGCUCAUACUAGGAGAGAAAGUACAGCCAUCGAACCUGUGUGUUUUGUGUGUUAUGUGUGUGGUUGGAUGUGUGUGUUGAUAUUAUGGCUCUGAGUACGCCUGGAACAGCUACUGUUUUUCAGCGCUGGCUCUUUCAUUCGCUACAGCACACGCACUCUCACACGUGAACGAGGUCCAAUCCAAACCACAGUUACCUCCUACAAGCAGACAGCUCUCCAGUAGAGAUGGAAAGUAUGUGAGGCUUCUCUCUGUCUGCGGACUUUUGUCUCAGUGUGAAUCAAAACAGUGUGUAGAUUUACUCUGCCUGGCUCUCUCUGCUGUCUGUGGAGACUGCGAGGUGGUGUCAGUGGUGACAGGUUAUGGUGCGAUCUUCAUUGUUGUCAAAUAAGAGUAAAACAAAGUUUGGUUAAGUGUGGGUUUUUAGUAUGGGGAAAAAGACAAAAAUUAAUAUCUGUACAAAAGUCAAAUGUGGUCUCCCUGGAUGAUUCCAGCUCAAAUCCUCUGACGUGUCUGGAAAAAUGUGUGGAUGGAAAUUGAACGGAGGAUACACUCCCUCACUUCAGAAAUAAUUACUGUGUAGGUGUCUUUUAGGAAGGAUCAGUCUGCUUUAACUUACUCAACUUUUUUUCAAUAACUACAGUAGUUCUACUGUGCUAAUGUCACUCAGUAGGAAAAGUAAUGCUCGUGUGUCUCAGUGGAACAACUUUGCUUAGAAGCUUCAAUGCUGGACGAUCUUCCAAAUGUUUGUCUGGCCAGCAAGUUCACUGAUUAGUUAGUUAUUGCACUUUGCCUUAAUAGCACAGUGAGUCUGCUGUGGAAGUGGACAUUUUGAUUUGGGCUUUACAGGGAUAUUCCGGCACAAAAAUAAUUUAGGUCCGAGAGAUGAAUGUUGCCGACUGCUUGCUUCUCUAGUUAUACCAACUUGAGUAACGACCGCAAGAUAGCAAUACACAGCGGUCUGAGGAGCCAUAAAUGAACCUCAACCAAAAAGCCACUCUAUAGCCACAAAUAAUGCUCAGAACAGCACCCAACUUCAUCAACAGGACAUACAAGUUCCUAGCCACCAAACAUCUUUUUAGCUUUGCCUAAUUUCAUUAGCAAAUAGACUAAAUACAACUCACCUACUCUCUUCCAGCAGCUGCUUGUUUGUAGCGAGACCCCAGGCCAGUCCAUUACGGAUUAUAGCGGGGUGACGCAGCUCAAGGAAGAACAUUUAUGAUCAUUUCUUCAUGGAAAUUCAACCAGACCAAGACGCUAAGGCACGCUAAGAACAACCACAUCUACGGUGCAAAAUGAUUAAUAUGGUGAUUAUGACUUAAAGGAAAUGAUAUAGAAAUUAUAUUACUGAAGUUGGUAUAACUAGAGAAGCAAGCAGUCAUCUCUCAAGGGGGUGUCUAACUUGGUGUUACGGUGUGUUUGACCCUAAAUUAAUUUUACAUUGGAAUAUCCCUUUAACUGGAAAUCUUUGGCUUUUAAAGGCAGCCUCUAGUAGACACUCUUUAGAAACUUUAAAUUUUAAGACUGGAAAAAUGGUUUCAGUUUCCAACACCAAAAGUUGCCACUUGGUUUGUGUUCAUGUUUAAUGCGAUUGUGAUCACUACAUCUUCAUUUAAAGACACCAUAUGAUUAGUUUGAGACCAAAGUGUAGUCUGUAAUGUCUGUAGACCAUGUCACAACAAGACUUAAUGACUUUGUAUCACUUUGUUUGCUUCAUAUACUUAAGCAACAGAAAUACUUGCACAGUCUGAAUCCAACCCUAUGUUGCUUUCAUUGUGUUUACAAAGGGAUGAAAUUGAGCAUGGUUUGCACAAACAUCUACCUGAUGUGAGGACCUUAAUCCCAUGUAAUUUCAGCUAUGAUACGUCUCCAUCAGGCAGGUCUAUUGAGUCCUCUGGUUAGGUAUGCAGCCACUUGUACUGUUUUCAUUGAACAGAUCCACCUUCAUGCCGGUGCAGGUGAAGUCUAAAGACUUUGACACGUAAUAAAAUAAACUCACACAGCCAGCCAAAAGAGCAGAGCUGCUGGUGUGUGAGAGGGGUUAGUAAAGCUUCUUGGGUUAGCUUUAAUUCUUCAUGGCAGGUGGAGCAGAGCCUGAGACGGCCUUAGAUGAGGACUUGUUAGAACUGGAGCUGGUCUGAUGGUUUUUAGCUGAGUCAGAGUCGCUCUUAUUCUCUGCUCUGUCAUUAUAUGAUUAGCGCAAUAACUCCACAAGUACGACUCUGUGUUUUCUACUAUUCUUAAAUGUGUCUGAGCAGGUUUCUCAGAAGUCAUGACUUUAUCCUCGUCACUGUUUUGCCCUCCUCGUACAGUGCGUGUUUGUAACUAAACACUGACGUCAUAAAAGCAACAAUCAAACACUCAUUCGGUGAUUAUAACUCAUCGAAAAGUACACACAUGUUCACUCUUUUACCGUUCGCUCUCACGUGUUGAAAAGGCUGUCGUUGGUUCCUACUGCACAUGUUGUUUCUGGCAGGAACAGUUUCGGCUGAGGACAUGCGGUGGAAAGUUUGACUUUUUUUCUUACAUUGAAGCACUUAGUUUGGGUGUCACUGCGUGUGUGUUGAAGGAAAAUUCGACUCUUUCACCGCUGUUGUGUAAUGGGAGCUAAAAUUGGACUGUCUCCGGGGUUAUUUUGGUGGGAUUGUUUAAUGUUGGCACUUGGCUCUGUAGUGGGUAUGUAAAACCCAGUGUGGAUGGUUACGAAGACCUGCUAUAUGUGGUGAAAGGUCCCCCUAGUAUUACAGUUAAGGUGAGUUAUUUUUGCUUAUUAAAUGAGAAAAAAAUACCUACAAAGUUCCAGUCACCAGUAUUUUAUCCACAGUACGUUAGAAACUUGAUCUAUUGGAAAAAAGUUUGGUUUAAUAAGUUUAAUUUGACUUUUUAUGAGGCCAAUCACUUAAUCACACAAGCUGGAGUCUCUUUGUUUGAUUCAGAUACAAAGAUGAGGCGAUCUCUCUCUUUUAUGCUCCCCAUCGUCCUCUUCCUCUGAGCAGAGUUUAACCCAGUAGUUCAGUGACCUUGCAUGGAGUGUGUGAGACGGUGUUCAAUCAGUGUGUGAAGAUGUCAAAGCAGCGACGCAUGGUGCUGAGAUUUUUCCUGGCAGACCUGCAGUGCGACCAACUCCACUGCAGAAGCGCUCGACCGAGUGCGUGCAUCCUCCUUCAGUCGGGCUUUCUGUUGACAAAAUUGUGAUUAGAUGAGGACUGUGUGUCGUUUGGAUGCAGUUAUUUUCUUGCUGUCACUGCAAGACUCAAAAAGGUUUUCCGAAUCAGCUGUCACACAUCAGACUUCAGUGUGUAGACGCACUCUGACGGGGUAUUGCAUACUUAUUUAAACUGUGCUGCCUGGCUCAUCUACACAGCGAGGGGUUUACUGCGCCGAUCAAUGAUGCUAAUUCUCAGGACAAAAUGUGAAUGGAUCAAACCUUGAAUAAAUUUUCUGAAAGAAGGAGGUGAAAAAUGAGAAAAAUGGUUUUCAUGACUCUCAGAGCCUGCUGACAAAUAUAAAUGUAGGGCUGAGCAAUAUGGGAAAAAGUUUAUCACAAAAUAAUUUUUUCAUAUCAGUCGAUAUCGACAUAUAUAUCACGAUAUAAGAAAUUAAAUUUAACUGCUUAUUGGUAGCAUGUCUUUUGCAAUACAAUAAGCUGCUACAUCUGUAAGGUCUUUGUGUCUCUUGUGCGUUUUGUUGUAAGGUGUUGCGCUAGAGAAAGCGGACUGAAUGGUCGGCUGUUUCGGCUGCACAGGCGCCAUGGGCUCCUUGCUCCACUUGGGGUUUGUAACCUUUUGCAUUGUGCGUGCUCUGCCGCGUGGCACUGCUUCAGGUGGUGAAAAAGAUUUGAGGUAUUCUCCGACUUUGCGAGAACAUGUACUCGACAUAAUUCGCAGUACACAUUACUCUGCUUCAUGUCCCACCUCAAAAAAAACAAAAUACCUCCACACCACCAACAUUUUCGUGUCAGUGUUGUCAACGAUGUCAUCAUCUGUUGAGUGCUGUCAGCUUCACGUGUUUAAGUACUAUGGUUGUGUGUAGCUGUAGCCUGCCACUAAGCAGUUGUUUGCUUCUCGGUUCUAAUUCAGCACGAUUGGUUCAGUGCAAAGUGGACACAGAGCAACUCCCUUUUUCUUUGGCUAUCUGUAUAGUCUACCAAAACAUGGUGGAAUGCCGACUAUCGAAAAGUAUAUCGACCAUGUCUUAUAUUGAUGUUGAGAGAAAUUAAUGUUCGAUAUAUAUAGUUUUAUCGCCCAGCCCGAUAUGAGUAUAAAUAUUUGUUUCCCUUAAUUUUAAAAGAAAAAGCAUUUAUUCAUUGUUAGAAACUAUGCUGGAUAAUUUCUCACUAACCAGGUAGCUCUUAUUUUGAUUAUUGCAGGCUGCUGCUCACAUUUUAUAGACUGAUUUGCAAGACUGAUCCAGAAAUGGCAGGCAAUUAAGGUUCGAUUUUUUUUUAUUAGCAUUUGUUUAUUAUGUCCUCACAGGCCAGCACAGAAAUAAAACGUUUUCUGGAGCUAGUUCAUGCCGACCCCAAGUGAGGAAAUAAUGUGCUCAAAUUUUACAUGUCAGCAAAAGCGCUUGCAAACUGCAAUGCCAGAUUGGAUAUUGAGGAAAUGCCGUAGCACAACAGCCAAGCUGUUUGCAAAAAAAAUGGUACAUCCUGAAAAACAGAUGUUUUAGAGAUGUUUGUUGCACUCAGCGGUUUCCAAAUCAUGAACAUGGAAGACUAUAGUGUCAUUUAAUCCCAGUAAUGUUCACAUUCUGAAUUUCAUGCAUUUUUCUUGGUUAAGGUUCAUAUACCAGAAGCCUUACGCUGCACUGCCAAAAGAGCAGCAUGUUUUUUCCCCUCUUUAUUUAAAUGGUUGUCUCUGCCCUCCAGUGCUGGCAGCCUGUGCCCCAUUUGAAUUAAAGAAAGCAGGCUGCACAUUUAACCCGGGGGUGUGUGUCAGUGCAGUAGACAUUGUUAAGUAGGUUGUGAGUCUGUGUGUUAGCUUGUUACCAGGCAGAUCAGUGUGUAAUAACUCCUUAUAGCUCAAGCACAGCUAAAGGUUUUACCCUCACUGUACCUGUUAAGUACUAGCAGGGAAGAAGAGCUCAUUAUCAAAAUCUGCUCUUCAGUGACGUAGCCUGUUAAAUGUUGCUCACUCUGAUUUCUAGCUUGAGAAACAAACUGCAGAGUACGAGGUGCUGAUUUCAAAUGUUGAUGUGUCUAUAUGUGUGUGCUUGUCUCAGCAGCAGAAGUCUAAACUGUCUGCUGUUAAGAGACAAGCUGUUCUAAAUAGGUGUGUGUGGGGGGGUUAUCUACCACCCCAAUGUCUCAGUAGGGCUUGCAGCUGUGAGUAUAUCUCUUGCAUGCUCAUUGACACACAUACACUCCGGCUUUUUGAACUUGUCAUGCUGAUAAUAGAAAAAACUGUCAUGCUGAUAAUAGUUCUCUGACGCUACAAUAUUGGAUGUCCAUGCUAAACAUUAGGAUAACAUGACAUGACAUACAUGGAUGCUGGUGUAAUCUGAAAAUGUUUGCAAGACAGCUGCCACCACAUCAGAGCUGUGAAUGCUCGCCACAUCAGUCAGUACGUUUACAUGACACGUGAGAAAACCGAAUUAUUGCCUUACUCCGAUUAAGACCAGACAACUGAAGUGCAUGUAAACACCUUAGUCCGACUAUAAUUGGAGAACUCCGAUUGGAGUCAGAGAACUCCGAUUAAGACACCCAGAUAAUGCGAUUGGAAUUCCAUUUUCUCUACCAUGUAACCAGUGUAGUCGGAGUGUGAUUGGACAAUGCAUGUGCGUGUGUGCCAUGCCUAAAUAACCCCAGAACAAAAACACCAAAGAGGAAGUGGCACUAUCAUUUAAAGAGCAUUUGACUCAGAAGCAACUGCAACAUGGCUUAAGCACGAAAGAAUGUCCACUUUUGGAACGACGAGGAAAGUACUGUUAUGCUUUCAUUCCUGAAGACAUUUUAAAGUAUAUUGACGGUCACAAAACGAGGAAUGGAGACAUCUUUAAAAAAUGUCCGGUAACAGCGCAACUGAAAAGACCCAUAUCGCCCCCUAGUUUUGGGAGGAGGACACGUUCACAUCAAUAAUUCUAUUUUCUCAGCUGCAUGUAGAAAAAAAACGAAUUAUGAGCUUAGUCAGUUUACUGACUGAUGGCGCCUUUGUAAACAAAUGCCUGUAGGAGCUGGAUUUGAGUCUCAAUAGUUACUGAAACCUGGGGCUUUUCCAUCUACAAGCUUUUCAAGUUAAUGUCAUGAUAGCAGCUAAUGUUACAAUGGCUAGCUUAUGCUAAGUGGGCAUUAAUAAUAAUAAUAAUAAUAUCAGUGCAUUUUAUUGAUAAAGCACUUUUUAUAGAACUCAAAGACACAAUACAAUGCAAAGAGAAAAAAUACAGAUAUGUAUUAAUGAACAUUUAAAAGCAUUUAAAAGUAAAACAUCACAGACAGACUAAAGCAAAAGACAAAACAACAAUCACAGAUUAAAAGCCAGUUUAAAAAGUUGAGUUUUCAGGAGUGAUUUGAAUAUGGACAAGUCUGUGCAGUUUUCAGUAUGAGUUGGGAGUGAAUUCCAGAGGGAGGGGGCAGCUGUGGAGAAUGCUCUGUCCCCCAGAUUUGGUGCUUGGUCCUCCAUUGUGGCUAGUAUCAGAUGUUUUCUGUGUGGACAUCACUUUCAGGAUGUUGUAAAAAGCUGUAUAAAUAGCAACAUCCCAAAGCUGUGUUCAGCUCAAUUCAAUUUAAAUCGGUUGAAUCAAUUGAACACCCUGAAACUGAGUCUAGCUUUAUAUUCGUGAAUAAGCAGUCAAAAUGAAGUUAUUGGUCUUCGGUUAUUGGUAUAAGUUGGGCACAGCCCUAAUGUCCUUGAUGCAGUAUGGUCCCCACACGUAGAGAUAAAUAAGUAGACAUACACUUAACCAGAUGUGAUAGUCUUUUUUUAAGUUUAUUAACCCAAAGAAGUUGGGAACCAAAAUGUCCCCACAACCAAGGACUCUGCUCUACUCUAUGGUCUCCACAAACGCAAGUAAACAAGUACAAACUCACACCCACAGCCCAUAUCCUCCAGGCUCAAAUGAACUCAAUUAUAUAGUGUUCAGUGAACAGUUUCAGUAUGAGUACCUGAAGAGGAGAUGGCUAGUUUAAACUUGCAGCUGAAACUUGGUUAAUGCAACUAUUCAAUCCAUCUGUUAUAUGUACGGCCCAGAUUGCAACAGUUCUCUGAAUAUCUCUUGGAUUAAACACAGUCGGUUAGCUUUAGUUGGUUCUUCUUUAAUUCUUUUGUAUCGUCCAACUAAAAGUUACAUUGAAAGCACCUGAAGAGAGGAUAACACCUGUAAACUUCCACUAAAUUUUCUCAAAUAUCUAUUGCAAACAUAAAACCUCUUUUUUGUUGUUUUGUGUUAAGAUGAUUCCUUAUAGUUUCCCCAAAAACUAUGAUGUUGGACACAUAAUCCAUGUCGUUCACCAUUUGUUAUUAUAACACAUUACACAGUUUUUUAUUGUUGUUUUUAGUGGUUCAUGAUUUGAUUUAGUUCUGGUCUGAUGGUAGAAACCUCAAUCUCUUUGGCAGGUCUCGUUUUACAGCCACAGUCAAACUCUAUUUUAGUUACCAUGUCAGAAACACUUUUUAAAAGAGUAAUCUUAAUUUCAGCUGAGUUAGACUGCAUGCCUUAAAAUUGUUUAACCUCUGGACUUCUGUGAGUAUUACUGAUCAUUACAAUCCCAAAUAUGCACACUGUGAGGGAAAGAUUGGUCAUGAGUGUUAAGGGGUUUUAGUCACCUUUUUACUUCCACAUUUUGAGCAUACUGUAUCAUGCAUAGCAGUACAGAUCCAUCAAAACAAGUGGCUGGAUGUUAGAUGAUUGCACAGGGAUGUUUGGGAGGAUUGGGAAAUGCUUUUGCAAUGUUGAACCAGUGUCUUUAUAUUCAAAUCAGAUUUCCAAGUCUCAUUAUGUGGCAUAAUGAGGAGGUGAGGCGAUUGUUUGCAGAUUUUAAAGCCUCUGUUUUGGCAGGUCGUGUUGUUCCAUAAUACUUUUUAAUACAGACCGUUGGGCAACAGAGGAGUCAUAAAUCUGCAGGAAAGGAAAACCAGAUCUUUAGUGUCACUGGCAUUAGCAGAAUAAGUAUUUACCAGAAGAAGAUCCCAAAUUAGACUCCAGGUUGUUUAAGUAUGCUGAAAAUUGAAGAGCAACGCCUGUCUUAUAAGCCUAAAAAUAAGCAUUUUCAGUAGUUAUCUCCCACAGAGAUAUUAGGAAACUCUCAAUCAGGAUAUUUAAGAGGCAAGGCUUUCCACAAAAGCGUAUUUAUAGAAUCAGGAGAUUGUGAUAAACCAACAAUCAAAGACAUUCGUUAAACAAAGCACUCUAGAGUCAUUUGACGGCAGAUGGUCAACCACAAGCAGUGUUGAAAGCAAGUUAUUAGCUAAUUCCUCCUAAUGCUCUCCUGUUGAAUAAGAAGUUACAACACAGUAGGAUGAGGAACAAUUUUUCAUGACACAUCAGUUUUUAAUUCCUGAAAUGAGAUUGUAGUGUUAGUGGUGUGUCAAAACCACAUUGUUCCAGCUGGACUGAACCACAUUUGAGGAAGGAUACAAGUCCCGGAUAAAAUUAGUAUGCGGUACUCUGGAAGAACAGAUUGUUCUGCUACCAUGAGUCAGGAAAUACUUUGUUGCUACAAUGAUGUUAAAAAUCCAUCAUUUAUCGAGUAAUUUAUUUCUGAGAGACUAUUCAAAAAUACAUGUUUUUGUUUGAUUUUCCAUCAAGAUAAAUCAGUGGUCUCGUAUUACAUUCAGCUAUCAACAUGGAAAACAUGUUUCACUGUAAACCAUCUGGAUGAAUCCAUCUGGAUAGCUCGUUUUGUGGAGUCGUACACAACAGCCGCCACUACAGCAUGAGAUUGAGAACAUUUUACAGGACAUUACCCUGUUUUUGGAUACGAAGCCAACAGAAAGACAGGUGAAAAGUGAACGCAGUGAGAUUUCCUAGACUGGCAAAGCUGGCACAUAUCCGUCUGAGCGCGAGUUUCCUGACGCCAGACCACUCUGAGUCUGGAUUAUUUUCCUGUUCAGCUCUCUUGUUGCAUCAUUUCCAUAUGUACUACUUUGAGCCUAACUUCAUGUGAUUAAAUUUCUGCAAAGGUUAUUUUGAUGUCAUGAGCUCAUUGGAGAAGAAAACAACCAGAUCAAGUAGGUGAUUAGAUUAAAAACUCACUAUUUUAAGAAAAUGUGUCUUGAUGAACUACUCACUUUCUAGUCUGACCCUACAAUAAUAGCAUUAGUAUUAUAUUAAGUCCAUUGGUCCUCUCAUAGGAAAAACUGGAGUUGUGUUCAAGAGAAGAAACUGUCUUUACAGCAGAUUUUAUUUUCCAAAACCUGGAAUGAAAGUCAGAACACAACUUGUAAGAAUGGGAAGUAGAAGAAACAUGCAACUUUGAAAUGACUCUGUAAUGGAUUAGUGAACCAUUGCAACUGUAUCUUUGGUGUUAUAUAAACUCGUUAGGGUUGGACAUCUUGUGUGCAUGACUUGUAAAUAAAUAUAAUCAACCAGUCAUAGGUAGGGGACCAGUGCAUUGCAUCACCUGCACCGCCUUGAUUUACGCCAGUGUUUUGCAACAGAGGGCCUGGCUUUGAUUUUAACCCACAGCCCUUUACCACAUGUGAUUCCCCACUCUCUUUUGUAGUUUCCUACUCUGAUAACCAUCCUGUUCUCUCAAGAGAGACAUAAAAACCGAAGCUUACUGCUCAGCUAAAUAAAUUUCAGUUGACAAGUCAUAUUUCCAUAUCCUUGAAUGAAUUAAAUGUAUGUAUUUCAAAACAUCCAUAUGCAUUUCACUUGAAUAAGUCCCACUCCAAUCGUACUUAAAGUGUUCUCAGUGGUCUUGAAAUUGUGAUUGUGAAGUUUUACCAAAAAUCUCGUUACCUGUGUCAUUUUCAAGGGCUUUUCUUCUGCAGAGCUCCAGUACAUCAUCAGCAAUUUGCCUCUGAGUCGUGGGCGGAGACAGCGCUGUCCUGCACACUUGUCUUUACGUUAGCUUGUAGCCUAGCAUUGCCGUUGUAGUAGAAGUGGCAGGUAACAUAGGGGCUAUUCAGCUCUAGGACACUAAUGUCCGUAGAGACAUAAUAAAAGCUAAUAUCAUAAUUAUCUUUCUUAUGAACAUUGCAAUCUGCUAACGCACACGCUUAUUCCACGAUCGUCCUCUGUAUUUCUCCUCUAUAUACAGUGUGGCCCGCAUAGAGGGGCUCAGGGGGCGGAGCUUGGAUUGGUUACAUGUAAAAUCUCACUGUUUCUGAACCUGCCAUUUUGGUCUGCCGGAGAUUCACUGCAAUUUGAAUGAAGAAAUACUCCAAAAAGCAAUAUCGCAUGUAGUUUUCUCAUGAUAAAUCCUGUAGCAUCAGAAAAACGCCACAUGGACAUAUAAAAAACAAGUAAAACAUGAUUUUCAUCAGAGUGGGUCUUUAAUCAUACUUGUGAAUAGUACAGUUACUUAUGUAUGUAUUUUUACAUACCUGUUAACAAUUAUUUACACACAUUAAUUGACCAAUAUUAAAUAUACCGGAUAUUUUGGCCUCUACAUGCUUACCCACUAGCUCUUUUUACCAUAACUUUACUGUAGGUAUGGCCAAAAGUUCAUUUAUCCAAUCCAUGAGAUAAGUUUUGAGGACAUCUUACCCCACGUAAAGAAGAACUGACUCGUGUUUUUCAGAAUGAGUUAACACCUCACUUUCCAGUAGCUUGAUGCCUCUAUUUCAAGCCGUUGCAUUAUCAGCACUCUUUGGUUUUAGGAACUGAGUGUUGAGUCAGCUUUUCCCAGAAAGUUACCAUCAGUGUCCAACACCCAGCAACAAUUAGUCAGCUAGAGAAAAUAGACAGGGAAAAAAACAGUCCACUUUUUCUACUUUAUGCUUGAGUACAAGUAACAUCUAACUUCAACUCUGUUUAACUUGCUUAGCCGUACUCAUACAUGGCCUGUGCUGGCAGACAAGCCACUUUCUGCAUCCCUGCAUGUGAUCUUUUUAUUACCUUUCAAAGCCCUUGAGGCUGAGCUGCGGACACUUCUGUUGUGUAAUACUUUUUGCACGGCAGUGAAGCUCAGAGGCACGGCGCCACACACCACAUCACGUCUUUUUAUGAGAGAUGCAUCAAAGCUAGUUAGAAAAAAAAAACACCGUCAUUGUUGCUAAAAUUGGAGUGCAUGUUGUCAUCAGCUGUUCGGGAUGUCGGCUUGCUGUGGUUUGGAUGGCCUGUGCCUGUGAGGGUCAGUGAGUAGCACUUAUGUACUGAUGUACCCAUGAGCAGUGCGCUGGAGGAGAGCAGAUAAGUGUGCGCUUGUCCCAACAACAGAGUUCUUGUUGUUUCAGCCAUCAGCUACUGAUCAUAUGAGAGCUGCUAAUGAUCUUAUGCAAGGAAGGAUUGAAGUCUGUGCGCAUGUGAUCUGUGCGCAGUUUUAUGUAUUUGACCACUCACGCAUGCGUCCAUGUGACAGAUGAAAUCAUGCUCUCUCUAACUCCCUAAACACACACUGACAUAUUUAACUGUUACACACAGUUUCUCCACUCCCUGUUUUUGUGUACUGUGAAAGGUCAGACGUGACUGAAGCCCGUUUGACUCAGACUCUGUUCGAUGUUGACGUUAUGAGCUGCAAUUAUUUGGAGAAAUGUCACCAGUUUUGGCUGAGUCAGCAGAUCAUGAGAGCCUCGCUGCAGGACAACUAAAAAAAAGUUAAACGGAAACAGAGUGAAAGAGAAAGAAAGCGGGUUGAGGGAAAGAGAGAGAUGAAGAAAAGAGAGGAAGAGAUGUCUGUGAUGUGUUAAAAUGUUGUUGCUUGUCAGUUAUUUUUAGGUCACACACAUCCAGCUUGCUCAGCAUGGUAGAAAAACACACACUAGUGCCACCUGCUGACUGCACAUUUGGUGUGUAGACAGCUGCCAGGUGUGUGUGUGGGUUUGGAGUUGUUUGAUGUGGAAAUACGCUAACAGUUUCCACCUGUUUGCAGUAAUUGUGCAAAGCUAUAAGCAAUGGAUGGAUCUCUGUACCGGGGCCAACAAACGUGAACGUUUACUACAUGCUGAUUUGGGUAAAACAGCGAAAAGGCUGAGUGGUCCCUGAAAAGCUUUCCACAAUACCCAGCAAUGUGGGAAUUUGUUGUUGCAAAGCCUGUUGCAAGCUCACUUUGGUUUCCAUACGGUGCUGUCAGCAGUAAGACGGACUUUACAUCUAUAUCUGUGGAAAAAUAGUCAUGUACAAUCAUACAUGUUCUUUCUGUCUCUGCAGGGUGACUGAAUUCAUCCUCUGGAGCUGGACUGAGCAGCAUUAGCAGACCAAAGGUAAGCAGAAUUAAACCGUGCACUCAUACCACACUAUCACGUGGUGUGCAAAAACAGUUUUCUGUUUGUAGGGACUGAUCUUUGCUGUACAGUACUGGUCUCUAAACAUGACUCUUAAGGGUUUUCUUUUGCCCUUUGGCUCAAACAAUGUGUGGAAGUUUGAGGUUCCUCCCUUCUGCUGGGAUUUGGGUUAGUUUGGGCUGGUACCCUGGCUUACAAACCAAAAACUUUCCAUCCCUGCACAAGGUCCUGCCAUCAAACCCAUCCAACACAUUUGGAUCAGCAGGAACUCUGGAUAAAUCCUGGCUCAGCUGUCAAAGAUUAGUCGCCAGCCUUUGCUUAAGGCUCUUGUUGCAGAAUUGGAGCAAAUUCCUGAAGCCCGAAAUCUGGUUUAAAUCCUGUACUGAGAAGAAUAGAGGCUGUUAUAGCCGCUAUUGCAGAUAUUUUGUGAUAUUACCAACUAUGUAGAUUAGCAGCUCCUUACAUGAGGUAGGCUACCAACACUUCAGUUGGCACUGGUGUACCAAAUACCAGAGGGUGGGUGAGUACGUUGUUGUGUUGUUCUUAUGUAUAACUAAAAGAUAUAUGAAUUGGGAUUUGGAUGCAAAAAUGAAUUCAUACGGAACUUACAGUCGAGCAUUACAGCGUCAAAGCUGCAGUCAUUAAGCAGAGCUACAACUUAGACACAACAUAUGACCAGCACUGUGGACCUGCAAUAAUACAAAUAUUUACGAUUAGUAUAAAUUAGCAAUAACCCUGGAGUAGAUCAGCCAGGGUGAGUAUGUUUGACCCUUCAGCCAGCUAUUUAUGCACAUCCCCUACCUAAAAGUAAUCAAUAAACAACUGGAAUAAUAAGCAAAAGUCAGGGUUAACACUUCCUUGAGUUAAUAAUUUAGAAAAAAAGUAUUAAAAGCAAUAGAUAAAUGGUUGGAAUAGCCAAAGAGAAGGAAAACCAGCAAAAAAAUUGGAAAGUAAAAGUAGUGAAAUGAUGUUUUAAGUUGAAAUAAGGGUGGUUUAACUCAUACCAUGUCAGAUCAAUGGAUAAAGAGUAGAAAUCACAAGCAAAAUUUAAUGGAUAUAAUGUAAGUACUCAGGUCUGUGACAAAAGAAAACAGCUAGCUGUUUCAACUGUCUUACAUUUAGAGAAAACAGUGCAAAUCAAUGAAACUGUUUUGAAUUUAUCUAGAAGUGCUGUGGGGUUACCUCAGGUCUGAAAGGAUUAUGUGAUCAAUUACUAAAGCUAUGUCAUGCAAUAUUUUCAAAAUACCUUACUCGUGUUACUGUGCCCACUGUGAGCCUACGAUUAAGACUACUACCACCACUACUGUUAUUAUUACUACUGCCAGACCCCCUUUUUAAAGCAUACUGUUACAACUUGGAUUAAAUGUUAUUUAAUCUGGUCUGCAGUGUCUGGAAAAGCUUGAGCUGACAUCUGCUUCAUUCUUUCGAAGAUUUGUUUCAACCCCACAGUGUCCAUAGUUGAGGCAUACCCAAAAUACAGGAUACAACAUUUUUCUAUUAAUGUCCCGCGUGUCACUUUUUCAGCUUCAGCCCAUAAAUAUUAAACCAACACUCAGUAGAUGGUUAGAAAGCUAUGCAGAGGUUUCCAAAAUAAAUGUUCUUGUAGCGACUCGACGACAAUGAAUCACUGCAGACCUCUUACAGGCUUCUGUAUUCGUCCUGCUUGUGUUUCAUCCCACUCAAGCUCUGUGGAAAACUUGAUGUCUCUGUGGUUAGAGACUCCAACGUUCAACCACGGCCAACUGUUGAGUGCCAGAAUUAUAAAUCUGCGGUCAGUGCACUCUAAUCCAAGUAUACUUAAAGCAGAGGUCAUGUUAUUGAUGUAAAGGGCUACAUGAGUUUGGUAUUAAUAGCGGACAGUGACACGAUACCCUUUGUAUGUUACUUUUUGAUGUUUUUUUUUUCUUUUUCUUUUUCCGAAUAUAGUUAAUGGUUCGCAUAAAAUACAGGCAAAGUUAACUUGAGCCAAAUGGCCCUCAUGGGUAAAAGUUUUACAUCAUGAUUCUUGAGAAUAAGUCAUUAAAUUUGAUUUAAAACAACAUCUGCCACUUUAGUAGAAAUAUGCUUUUAAGAGGCUUUAGCUUGACUGAAAGAGAUUCAUUUCAAAGUGGGGCACUGUCAUCGUUAAUCAUCAAAAAAUGCUGCAAGCUUAAACUCAUCGAAGUUUUAUCUUAAUAUUAGACAGGUAUUUGGGUUAAGUGAUUCUAAUAAUGACAAAGUUAUUUGUUUGAUUGUACAACUAUAAGGGCAGCAUAAGAAACAAGGAUUUUGAGAAUACAGUUGGGAAAGGAAGUUAUUUUACAAGAAUGAGGUCUGAAUCUUAUGAGAGUAAAGUUAUGAGAACUUUAUAAAAUGAGAAAAAUUCAGUAAUGUGAUGAGGACAAAGUAAAUGAUUUAUGAAAAGAAGUUGUCAUGUUACAAGAAUUAAGUUAAGUCCAAGUUGUUAAGCCUGUUAAGGAAUAAAAUGAUCUUUUAAUGACAAUACAACUGCUAAGUUAUGAGAAAAAAAAUAGCAUUCAUUAAUGUUAUGUUGGAAGAAUUAUUUGGUUAAGUCAUAAUGUUUCAAAAAAAGUCAAAUCUGAUAAGAAUAAAGUUGUUUUGUUACAAGAAUAAAAUAAUAAAAAAAUAAAAAUAAAAAAUAAUAAUAAAUAAAAUAAGAAAAGAGUCAUUAAGUUACAAGAAUUAAGUCACAGUGUUAUGUGAAUUUAGUUAUACGAUGAGAAUACAGUCAUUAUGUUACAAGAGCAAAGAUGUGAAGUGAGGAGAAAAGAGUCAUCAUGUAAUGAGAGUUGAGUCAUUAUGUUACAAGAAUAGACUGGUUAUAUUGUGAGAACAAAGUCAUUGAGUUACAAGAAUUGAGUUGUUGACUUGUGAGAAUAAAGUCAUAUAAAUGCUUGUAAUAUAUUAUGACUGUUUCUCAUACUAUUAUAACAACAGUGGCCUACAACUUUACUCUUGCAACGUUAUGGUUCGGCUCCAAUAGUUCUGUGGUUUUAUGGGCAAAAUAUGACUCAAUUAUUCUCAUUAUAUUAUGACUUUAUUCUUUUAUUGGUAUGACUGUAAUCUUAUCAUGUCAUAACUUUAUUGCUACAAAAUGCCAUCCAACAUCUAUGCUUGUUUACAUCCGGAUAGUACACUAUUAUAACAUUAUGGUAGUGGCCAUCAACUAGAGAGCUAUAAGUGGAUGGCUUCAUUACAGCUCAUAAAAAAAGUUUUCAGUAUCAUCUUUCCUCAAAAACACCAGAAUACACUCAGGAAAAAUGAAAAAUAUAUCUGCCACUUAAAGGUUGGCUGGCUAAAUCCAAGUGAGAUUUACUUAAGGGAGAGUGUCCGUCCAGUGAAUUGUAAAACUAGUUUUAAAAAGACAGAAACACUGUUAUUUUUUUAUUUGUGAUCAUAUGGUUAAUGAUUAAAUGCCUUUUUACUUAAAUGUAGCUUCCCAUGAGUGUCAGUCUGAGAAAUAUGAUUUCUGUGUGUAUAUUGGCAGCUGUUUGAGAAACGAGCGAAGGCUUGGAGGUGGUUUGGGAACACGUACGGUACAUGGGAAAGCUGGUUUCUCUGUGGAGAUCAGACAGUUUCCUCAGAGUCUUAAAGGGAGUGUUUGGCUUGAAAGGAUGCUGCCCUGUUAUCAGUCAGCUCUGGAAGGAGUAAAGCUACACACAGCUGCAGAUACUACCUCGCUCAGCGCAGUCGUGAUGAUCAUAUCAAAGUGCUGCAUGAGUACAAAAAAUAUACACUCUAUAUAUACACACAGUGUGUGGUUGUGGGCAUUUAGGGAGUGGCUGGUGUUCCUACAGGUUUAUUAUAAGGGACUGUUUGGGUUUGGCAGCUUAGGUGGGGUAAACAUAUAUAGGGUGAUGUCUCAUCAUGAGAAAUUGGAGUGUGACCGGAGCUCAAAUCUGUACAGCAGCACAUAAUGUGGGUUUAUUGCUGUUUUUUAAGAGUUCUGUGGGAUUAAAUUGUCCUGUUUCAUCCUCUAAUGCCAAUAUUAUAUGACAGUGGGAAACUUUGUAUUUUUAGUAUCCCGGUGAGACGAUAGAGAAUGGAUUCAGUGUGUUAUAUCCUGUUCAGCAAGAAAAGCCUGAGGGAACGUAUUAUGGUAGGAAUAUAAGCCUGAGGAAUAGGGGACAUGGGUUUAGGAAACAAGCAGAUGGCUGAGGGGAUAUUGGGUCUAGUUACAGUAGGAUGAGGAGCAAUGGUAGGUAUGGGAAUCGAGAUCCGGUUCCAGAUGAGAACCACCCCAGACUGCAUCAAGCCAUCCACAUCUUUUGCUUUUAUGCUUAAUAGUUCCCUUAUCGAUUAUUUCCCAGUUAGUUUCGCAUGCCUUGCAAAACAAUAGCAUGAUGCAUCUCAAGUAGCAGUCAGUGCGAACAACAACCAUGGAGUCAUAUUAUGAUGAACGAAUUACGAGGCAGUCCAAACCAUGCAUGUAACAUAAAACUGUUGUGUUUACAAUACCAGCUUUAAAAUAAGGACAGUACAACAUUUAAACUUAAAGUAAAAUCCACUCUUUCUGUGAGACCGGAAGCCUCCUGUUGAUAAACUGUGAUAAACUGAUAAGAAGCCAGGUUCCCAUGUCUCAGCAGAGCAGAUAGCGCAAAAUGAAACUUAUGCUGUUGCGAUAGAAAACAUGUUUAGACCUAUUUUUGAGCCCAGAUGAAAUGUAGGUAACCAGAAGUGCAUAGAUAAAGGGAAACUGCUGAUUUAAGCUACAAAAUAGUGGUAGUGGGCCACCGUAAAUGCUAAAUAAAAGAAAAAAAACAUUUAAAUUCCACUAAAAUCAGUAAUAGGAACCCCAUUUCCACCCACAUGCAUUUGAAAAAGUAAGCAUUAUGAAUCCAAAACAUACAUGAGUACUUCAGUUUGAGUGCUGUUUCAUUUUGGACAAGAUUUGUGAAGUUUUGACAAAGUUGUUAACUCCUUCCAGUUUCAGCAACAAGUUUCUGGAAAUGUGUUUAAAUGUUUGGGGAAAACUGCGAAAACCAGCUAAAUUUGUUGGAUGUGUUUGUGGUCUUUAAUGGCUUUUUUGGCGUAAAACAACAGCUCUGAUGGUUUAUCUGUUACCAUAACAAAAACCACUUUGGACCCGUUGAAAGCUUUACCUUUGAUACCUCCUUCCUGCCAGUUUUCAUAUUGUUGCCAAAGGUGGUGUGUGGUAAAGGUCUUAGAAUAGCACUCCUCGUUCCAUGAUGGACUUGAGCGUGCUUGUGUAUGCUGGAAAAGUUGUGGACCACAUGAGCGCAUUGGCAGCGAGGCUGUGUAAUGUGUCCAUGUUAAAUCCAUUCAGAUACAGUAGGAUCAACUUCCUGCUGCCUCUUGUUUGUUUCUUUUGGAGCAAAAAUAGACCUCAUUUGUUUCUUCCCUAAAUCAGGAACACACAACUGUGUGUCUUUGUGUUCCAGUAUCCAGUUACACAGCAGCAGCUGAGCACCCCUGGGAUCAGCCUGGUCCUGCUGUGGGGCUCGAGUACGCACAGAGACACACAAUGGGUUUAAAUUGGACCGUGUUGCGAGCAUGCAUGCAUAUUUGUGUGUGUCUUUUUUCCUCAUUAAAGAGCACGGGCCUACAGAUGGGAUUCAUACAUAACUCUUGCCUUUAGCAAGAAACAAAAAAGAGGCACAGACAUGAACAAACCUUUAUGCCGUGCAGUUAAAAUGAAUAAAAAUAAGCAGCUGGGGAUAACUGAUUGAUUUGCUUGGUUAUUCUAUAUCCUAUUGUAAGCCAUGGUUGUAAGGAAACAAAGACAGACACUCUAAAGCAAAGCCUGAGGAUCCAAAACAUAAACCCAUGUUAGUCAGACCACCACCAGCCUGUCUCUACCUCCCACCACCCCCCUCUGCAAUAAUCUCCCUUCCUUGUAUUGAGAGACGGAGGCAGCUGUCGAUACGAGGCAGCGAAACCAAAAGGAAAUGAUGUAAUCCCUCCUGUCGGUCUCAGGGGAAGUGAUAUCAUCGUUGCUGGAUCGGCAGGCAGCUCCUCGCUCCUCCUCUGCUUCCUCUGCCUCCUUUUAUUCUUCUCUCAGAGUAAGACAGGCGAAAUGUUUCUGCUCAGAUACGCCAGAAUUACACCUCAGUCACAAUUACCUAAGAGUUACAUAAGAGUCAAUCAAACUGUGUCCAGAGAAAUUGCAUAAUCUGAGGGGAAAAGUGGAGCUGCAACAAUUAAGAGUGUUGAUUUUUGUCAUUGAUUGAUGUAUUUGAGUGUUUUUCUUUUUUUUUUAGAAGGAAAAAAAAACUAAAAAUUCCAGGUAAUCCUUCUGAAAUAGGAACAUUUUGUGGUUUCUUUCCUCUUUUAUUACAGAAACCGUUAUGUGUGGAGGAAGGGGCAUUGCUGACAAGACAUUUUCCCUAAUUUUCUGACCAUUUAGACCUAACGUCUUAUCCACAAUAUGUUUUUUCUCCAUUUUUGAAAAGAAAAAGAUAUUGAUUAUGUAGAAAAAAUAUGUAAUUGACAUUCUUUUGUGUCUUUAAUAAGUGGUUUGAUGCUUCGCAAUCUCGUAAUAACCAUUCUGCAGUGAGAACUUGAGUCAGGCUGACAUUAUUAUUGGCAAUGAGGGUUUGAAUCAACAAUACAGCUGCAAACUAAGAAAAAAAAAACAUGCUAGGGAUAAUUAUUUUUUGAUUUGUAAAUUUUCAUUGUCGUUGUUGUCGUCGUUUUCGUCACGGGGGCAGCAGCUUCAGGAGGGAAGCCCAGACGGCCCUCACCCCGGCCACUUCCACCAGCUCCUCCGGGGGGAUUCCCAGGCGCUCCCAGGCCAAGUGAGAGAUAAAAUCCCUCCACCUGGUCCUGGGCCGGCCACGAGGUCUCCUCCCGGUGGGACAUGUCCAGAACACCUCUAACAGGAGGCGUCCAAAAGGCAUCCUAACCAGAUGCCCGAGCCACCUCAGCUGACUCCUCUCGAAGUGGAGGAGCAGCGGUUCUACUCUGAGCGCCUCCCGAGUGUCAGAGCUCCUUACCCUAUCACUGAGGCUGAGCCUGGCCACCCUGCGAAGGAAACUUGUAUCCGCGAUCUUGUUCUUUUGGUAAUUACCCAAAGUUCAUGACCACAGCUGAGGAUCGGCACGUAGAUCGACCAAUAAAUCGAGUCUCGCCUUGCGGCUCAGCUCUUUCUUCACCACAACAGAUCUGUUAAGCGUCUGCAUCACUGCUGACGCCACUCUGAUAUUCCUGUCGAUCUCCCGCUCCAUCCUACCCUCACUCUUGAACAAGACCCCGAGACACUUGAACUCCUCCACUUGAGGCAGGACCGCCCCUCCGACCUGGAGAAGGCAAACUACCUUUUUCGGACUGAGGACUAUGGCCUCGGACUUGGAGGUGCUGAUUCACAUCCCAGUCGCUUCACACUUGGUUGCGAACUGCCCCAGCAAGAGCUGAAGGUCACUGCUCAACCUCUUUGUAUCGCAGGAGCUUUUUGUCCUUAAUGGCCACCAUCAUUUCACCACCUGUAGGGGUGAACAAGGAAGUGUUUACAUCUUGAAUAUAACUGCUAGAUAUUAUUGCUAAAUCUAAAUUAUAUGCACUAAUGUAGUCGUAAAACCAGUGCAGUCAAACAGACUGGGUUAGAAGUUAGGAUGAUGUAUUUCACAGUCUAUAAAAACUCAGACUUGAGGCUCGACAGAUCAGACUUCACCAUUAAUCUUAGGUUUUAAUACACCCCUCUUGUCUAGUGUUGAAGUUUUGCUCGUGUAUUUAAAGCGAUGUUGUUGUGAUUGAGUUGGAUACAAGUAUAGUCGUUUCACUUCCUACAAGUCCAAACACUCGGAGCGUUUCCAGACAUGACCCGAGCAGAGAGACUCCUUCACUCCACACGUCUGCUGAGCGAACGAGCGAGCAAAAGGGAGACGAGCGAGCGAGCGAGCAUGAAACGGUUUCACUGCAGAAUCAGUGUCUGAGCUGGCAGGGCUUCAGGCCACACACACACACACACACACAGGCCAGCUCCUGUAAUUGAUGUCACAGUGUGAAUCCUUGGGCUAAUUAUGUGCCCUUGCGAGACACACACACACACACAUAGGCGCUGUGUGUGGUUCAUUCACAGCAUCUAGUUGAGCGUGAAAAGUGACAUUAAAGUUUGAAGUCUUUUUAACUUUAAGGUGAUUAUUUCUUCUUGCUUGGUCAGCUGUUUCGAAUGUUUUCAUACGUGUGUGUUUUCGUGUGUGGCUCAGUGUGCGUGUUUGUGAAAGAUACAGCAAAAAAAAACAAAAAAAAAAAACAUAUGGACCGACUGUCUGGAUUCACUUGAUGCUUUUUUCCUGGAACUGAUUUAUAGCCUCACUUCCAAAAACCAACAACCAGCCCUCAAAAUACAGCUCUGUGUGUGUGUGACAUUGUGUGUAUCAAUGCGUGUGUGUUUGUGUGUGAUGUCCUGAUAUAGAGCCGUGGGAACAGCCCACACUGAAUGAACUCGGGGAGCUUUGGAGCCUCUGCUGUUGUCGUUUUGUUGUGGCACUGGUGGACGCUGUGGGACACUGGGAGCUGCCCAGUUCAGAUGCUGCGUGGUGCUCAAGGGCACGAAGGCAGCAGAUGUCAGCGGAGUCACGAGGAAGGAGGAACUGUUGGCUGAGGGAGGACGUUUUUCUUUUAAGUCUGUUUUUCUGAACUCUCCUUUCCUACUAUCUCUCCUGUUUCCUCCCGAGAGACUUUUUUUCCUCCUCCUCCCUAGUUUGGAGGGAGUUUCUGUUUGUAGUCCGGGUGAUAUGGACCAAUCAGGUGUCAGCAGGUUUGGCGUCUGCAAGAGAAACAUAACCAGGUGCAAAAGCGCGAUCCACUGUGCACCAGAAUGACUACCUGGAUGCAAACAAACACAGAUGACAGAAGGUAUCCCAUUAGUGUUAAUAAAGAUAAAUAAGAAAUAGAGUUGCUGAACUUGAGUGAACAUUUCGUCAAAUAUAUAAAGUAGGGCCCAACUGAUAUGGAUUUUUGGGGGCCGAUACCGAUUAUUAGGGGGGAAAGGAAUCUGAUUACCGAUUAAUUAGCCGAUUUUUACAAAUUUUUAUUAAGUUAUAAAAUAGAUUUACUGUAGAUAUACUGUAGGCUACUGUUCUUCAUGCUGACAGGAAGACUGACUGAUCAAACUGGGAUCAGAAAAGCGUUUUUCAACAAAAAAGUUUAUUUACUGUUGAGGUGGACCACUCUCCUCCGUGUGUCCCUGAGCUGCCUACUUCAGAACCGUCACUCUGCUGUGCUGUGAGGCCGUUAGUGGAUGAAGAUUGUCAUGAGGUUGCUGCGCCAUCUACAGGAUAAGUCUGGGAACUUUUCAAAUGGUGGAACAUUUUCAAAGUGAAACUGAGUCUUAUUUUCCGCAUUUUAUAUUUGAAAAUAUCAUCAGAAUCAGCUAGUUUUGGCCGAUUCUGACGAUGCUGGGCGAUAAACUAAAAGUUUACCCGGUACCAAAAUUUACGACAAUUACUAAUGUCAUUUUGCCUAUAUCAAUAUAUUCGGUGCCAAAAAGAUAAAUAAAGUUGGUUUUGGAUGUGUGUAGGUAGGCUAUGGUCUCAUGUGCCUGUAAGAUUCUGUCCUACGUCAGAGAUGUUACUCCACACCAUCCAGUCUGUAACAAAGAGGCAAAGACAGGUGAGGAGAUGGAGGACGGUUCAAAAGUUGUAGCGUCUGGAGCGGUGGCUGAAGUAAAGUUAAUGUGGGAGGGGGUGAACAGCUUGUGUAGUAGUUAUUGUCCAUUUAUCGUUAUCAAGUAGAACUGCUCAAUAUAUCAUGAUAUUGAUUUGAGGCCAUAUCGCCCAGCUCUUGUUCACUGGCUUCCUCUCUCCUUUCCUGUGGAGUUUUACGUCCCCAGAUGACUCGGGCACCCUGUGUCGCUUCACCUCCUAAAAUAUCCCACUUUGACACUGUAUGAGCACUUCCUGUAUGCCACACUACAGCUGUCUCUAGCUCUGUAUUUCACUGUGUGUGAGGGUCAAAGGUCAGAAGUUUAAGUCACUUCCUGGCAGCCUGCAUUUUUUAGCAGGUGUCUAUGAGAGGCACGCAUUUAUGUGUUCAUCAAAAACCUGUUGAAAGCAGUUUUAAACUGAAUUUUCUUUAUUGAAGCCUUAAUGUUUUUAUAUAUCAUGUAAUACUUCCACUAUCCUUCAGGGAAAGUGUCUGCUAAGGCUUUGUGUUUGUCUUUCGCUUGAGGAGCUGAUGAAUAACACAUCCCUGUCUCGCUCCCUCUGAUUAAACGGGAGGUGUAAGAGUAAAAACAGUUAAUACAUUAUGGAAAAAAGGGGAGGAGGAGGAAAAACAUUUACAGGCCGAGGAAUGAGGGGGAGAAAUGAAGUGAAAGAGGAGCCGGGGAGCUGUAGGAGGACUGAGGGAUGGGAGGAUGAUUGCACGGUUUCAGUCUGACAGACAGGAGGAGUGUGGCUGCAGCAGCAGCAGAGUGAUUACUGUUUACUUUGGACACACACGCACACACACACACACACACACACACACACACACACACACGUACACAGCACUUAUAGCCCAUCACUGUGACUUGCUGCCUCAGCUCAGUCUAACAGAGAGCUGGUUUUCAGACUGCUUCUGGUGGUGCAUUCGAGUGACGUCUGACAAACAGCAGAGCAGCAGCAGACAGAUCAGAGAUCAAGAAAGUCGUGCAGUUAACUUCUUAAAGUUUAUCCAGGUUUCAUAGGGUUAUAUAUUUUACCUAUGGGUGUUAUCAUCUGACAUUUGAUAUUAUCCACACAUUGUUUUUCCUGCAGUGUUAGUCUCUGAAGUUUGGUCUCCUUGCGCUGUGCGUUUGUAGUCCAGGUGUUGUUGACCAAACACGUGUACACAGGAAAAAGUGAUGAGACUCACCUCUCUGUAAUGACAUCCUGGCACCUCUAUAAACAUAUAACUACAUGUAAGUGCAGCUAACAGUCUACUCUAGAUCAAACAAGUCCACUUGAGUCACAGUUGAAUUGUUUGACACUUGCUGUUUUUGAAACCUCCAAUCAUGUGCUACCAUCACUGGCAGUAUGUAUUCAUAGAUAUGUGGUGUAUGACUGUUUUGACAUGAUGGGGCUGUUUUCCAUUCUUCCCCUCAGUGUGAUUCACUUUGGUGUUGAAUCAUUAUGACUCUAGUCCACACCUCAAUACAGAAGCUGGUGUUAAUGCGUUAAAAGCUGAGUAGCAUCCACCAUGAAACAGAAAAAAGAAGAAUAGCUGUGGGAAAUUGUACACAAAGGAGAUGGUCCCUUUUGGGAGAAAUCUUGAAUGUAAACACUACCCCUACCAACCAGUUUUCCAGUGCUCCUCCUCUCCCCUCCCUGUUCGCUCAUAUUAUUCCAAUUAAAUUCAGAUAUAAUGCAGGUAAAUACUUCAGAUAAUUACAAAUGAGGCCCAGUCAACAUAAAAGUAAAAAGUAUCGAUGCUACUGUAGAUGCUAACAGACUACCAGCAAACACAGUGUUUGCCAGACUUCUACAACUAGGAUAAAGUGACAUAGUCCAGGACCCGAGGUCAACAGUUUAGCGGCGCUACAACACGCAGCAGGUCCCGUUUGACAAGAAACACUUUGUUUAAGCCAUUUACCUGUCCAGCAGAGAGGUUACAGGGUCUGUAAGAUCCUGAAGCGUCCCCGAAUGGUUUUAUGUUGGUCUACCUCCUUUUUAAGCACCCGUUAUUCCGCCAGAGUCUCCGGUAGUUACUUCGUUUUCUUGCUUGUGUUGGCAGUCAUGGCCAAAGCAGGAUUCAGACAAUUUUCCGUACUUUCUGGUUAGUUCUGCUGUCCAAUAUUGUAGCACGCUAACUUUGUUUUGGCUCACGCACAUUAUUGAGGCAGUGGCGUGUGCCUCACAACAUGAGGGAGCACUGUCCGCCUCACAACCAAUCAGGUUGGGGGAGGCAGAGAAUGGCUUUGUUUACAGUCAGAAAGAGCGGGCCGCUCACAAAAUUUAAAAUGUUGACUACACAGACAUAAGAGAACACAGCGAUAUCAUGAUAUUCCAAAAUGUCAUCAAUAACUAACAGCAAUUGACUGAUAUUAAAAAGCUAUUUUGUGUAUAAACCACAUAAAAAGUUUCCUCUUUAACGGAAUCCUGCCUACCCCACCUUUAAGUAUCAUCAAAUUCUUCAUAGGGUUGCCACUUUUUCAAAGAAUCAGGUUCAAGUUGACUCUCGACCGUCUUCUCAGAUGUUUUAGCGUUGCGACUGUCCGCGUAGGAAGGUUUUGAUCUGGGGUGAUACUAGAAAUUCGUCACUGUAUGAACUGACUGAGGUAAAGAGUGGUAUUCAAUGGUCAGGUAACAGUAAGAUUGAACACAGACUCACUUUUCGGGAUAGAGAGGACAGCUCUUGUUUAUUGUUGUGUGAACUUGAACCAAAGACCUUAAAACCCUCUAGUAUGCUCUGUCGAGGAGCGGCAGACAAAGAGAUUCUGAUUUGAUGCAUCAAAGAUUAAUUAUCGCAGUUUUUUUCUCUGUCAAAUUCACUGUGGAGUUGAAUUUCAUCAAAGUGUUGCAAAUAUUUUUAUGAUUUAUUUUGUGUUACGCAUCUCUGUUCCCCCCUGCUCUGAGUUACAGCUCCGCCUGGGGUCAGACUCCGCUUUAAUGCGACGUGAAGUGAAUUUUUUUCUCACAUUAAGAUUUUCCAAACAGAAAAGAGCUUUAUGUGUCGGCCCGAGUCUAACCCUGGCCUGUGUGGAAACAGCAGAUUGUUGUACAAGAGUGCAGCUGUGAGAGUUUUCACAACGCUCCUCCAGUCCCUCAGCAGUCCCCCAACCACACAAAUACACUCACACACACACACACACACACACACACACACAUACACACACACGCUCACCCUAUCCUCCAGCCUAAAUGACAGACCUUGCUAACCACAGGGAUCUAAUUGUAGCACCGCUCCUCAGUGUGUUCGAGCAUUUGAGUGUGUGCGCGUGUGGUGUUUUUCAAUGUAUGUGAAUAUGGGUGUGUGACAUUCUGCUCUCUAAUCUUGUGUGUGUGUGUAUGUGUGUGUUUUGGCUGGCUGACACUCCCCAGAGAGGAACAGGGGGCGACAGUGAACUACUCCCCAGGAAUAGCACUCUGUGUCUGGGGUGAUACUUUUGGCAGAGGGAGCCGUGGAGAGAGGGAAGGGGGAUUAAUUUCAUAAUUUAUCUGAUUAUAGUAACCAUGCUCUCUUUGAAAUGUUUAUUGGCAUAUCGGGCCAACAUUCGUUUGCUGUUUGGUCCAGCAGAGGAGCCUAUCAUCGUUACCUGACUAUUGAAUGCCACUCUUGACCUCACUGAAUUAACACAGGGAUGAUUUUCCACAAAAAUGGAGGAUGUGUGCCAUUCUGAGCGGACAGUCAAGACAGGAAAAUAUCCAGAAAUCACCUCAGAAGUAGAAGAAGUCAAUGUUAGUAGACACACUGCUAAUUUUGAUGAUCAAUCUAAACAGACAGAGGUGUUUUUUCAAUGUGCUGCAAUGUUGUGGAGUGAUACGAAACAUCAUUGAACUGCAAGUGAAGACGUUUAUGGGCUGGAGGCUUUUUAGUAAGACUCAGGCUUAUCUCCUCUUAAUCCAUCAUGAGCAGAGCAGCGUUCAGAAUGAAGAACUUCAGCACCAGAUUGUUAAAAGACAGCAAUCUGCUGAGACUGUAAACACAAAUAGUCGAAAUGUUCCUGUUGUGCACAAACACAUGAGUGUGAAUAAUGGGCAGCACUGAGGUCAAACACUCAUCAAUGUCUUAAAAAGUUUUCCUCUUUUGACCUUUUGUCUUCAAUGUUCUUCAUUCUGCAUAUUUUUCUAAACUUAACAGAAGUUUUGGAAAGCUUUUCAAACUUUUGUUAUUAAUAAAACUCCAGGAGUUGACUCCCACUGUCCUCAGUUAACAGGCUCAAAAAAUCUGACUCCUUGAACAGAGCGGUCUGUUCCCCCCCGAGCUAAAAAUAAUAAUUAUCACAAUAAUCAGCGACAUGAUUCAUAACAAAAGAACAGAAGCAGCAUGAAGAGGAAAUCCAGGGGAAAGGUUGUGACAGAUUAAGACAGAGCGUGUGUUUGUGGUACUACUCUGAGAACAAAUCAACGCACUUUGAAGACGGUGCUGCUAUGAUUAAUGGUGCCAAUAACGCUCCUGACCACAUACACACACGCACGCACACGCAGAGUUAUGAAAAUAUAUAUUGUGGUCUCAGCUGGGAUACAGAUCAGAGACAAAGACACGCAGCUGCUGCUGAGUUCUUCUCUGUGUUGACAUCCAGUAGCACAAAACGUGACGCGCUGAACGUUAAAUGAUUCAUGUACCUAAAAACCAAGAACAGAAGGUACAAGGAACUGAAGAGUGACAUAAAAUAUUACCAGAAUGUUUUAAUCCUUUUGCCAAGUUAAGUUGUUUUGGAUUAUUUUUUUUAUGUUAGUGCUGCAUAUUGUCAAAAUUUGUCAGAAAAGGAUCAUGAUUAUAACUUUUUUAUUCAGAAACUUUUAGGGAAAUCUGGGACAAAGUUUGAUACGAUUUUAUCUCCGUGGAACAAAGAGUUACGUAUUUUAAUAGACUGAUAAAUUGGCAGAGACAUGUGUCUGUGCUCAGCCAUCAUUCGUGUCCCUGGCUCUUUUUCUAACAGCUAUAAAAGUAUAAUACAAUACAAGAACUUUAUUUAUCUCUACAGGAAAGUAUUUAAAACGUCUUAAAAUCUGAUUAAGAUUUGUUGGAUUCCUUUAUGGGUCAUUUUGAAGGUUGAGUACAGCUGGACUCUGUCUCUCAAACCUUAUACUCCCUGCUGUCAAGUUCUGAGUCUGUCCAUUUAAAACCAGCUGGAAUCUGUCACAAACAGCUUUUAUUGUCAGUUUUCAAUUUUUACUGCAGCUUUUUUAGAUCUGUCUCCAUGGCAGCGCCAGGAAACUUUGACGAAUGUUGUAAGAAGCUGUUCUCGAGAAAACUGUAUCAAAGUUCUGUCGUAGUGUCACCAUAGUUCUCUUGUGUUGAUUGUGAUGAAGGAGUUCAAAUGCUUUCAGUCAAACAAAAACUAAGAAUAUAUCAAUUAAAGCCAAAAAAUAGUAGUCGGGGAAAUCUGCAUUCAGACUUUAUGUCCCUGAUUUUUGGACAAAUCAACCUCUUUAAUGCUACAAUUUUUUGUUGCAGGUUUUUAAUUGUUUUGAAUGUUUAAGUUGAUUUAAUUUGUUCCAAUAUUUAAAUAAAGACACUUAAAAAGACAUUUUAAAUCUACACAGCGGUGUAAAACCCAAAGAACUUUAAAAUCUGCAUCAGAUAAUAUUGAAAAUGGUGUUCCACAAGGUUCCAUCCUUGGUCCUGUUCUUUUUUCUCUUAAUAUAAAUGAUAAAUAAAUUAUAGCUAUUUUUAGUUACAAAAUGAUUUUGUUGAUGACAGGAACUUGUAUCUUGCUCAUGCUUAUGCACAAUCUGCUGAGCUGCCUCUCUGGAUUAAAAGUUGCACUCACUAAACAAACGUAUGUCAGUCUUGGAUGCAGAGAGACUUUUUUUGAAGCUCUUUUGCAGAACAGAACAUUUCUGACUUGAACAAACUCAUGAUCACUUCCAUAUGUUGCACCAUUCUUGACAGGGUAACUGUAAAUAAAUAUAUAACUAUUUACUUUAAUGAGAAGUGAUUCAAAAGUUAUAAUUCAAAUUCGGUUAGGUUGAGUUGAAGAUUUACCUUUUUUUUUCUGCAGAAAUAAAUCCCGAUUUCAUUCCUUGUUUCGUGAUUAUUUUAGUGCCAAUCCUUUCCUUCUUUGAUUAUUUCUUUUAUAUCUGCUUUUUUCAUUUUAAAUCAGAGAUUUCUAUCAGUUCAAAGGAUUUAGAUAAAUGAAAUAAAAUAAAAAUAAAAAAUAAAAAUAAAUAAAUAAAUAAAUGAUGUGAUGAUGACAGACUGCUGUAGUGUAGUACAGAAUUUUGGCCACUAGAUGGAGUUGAGAAGUCACACUCUGCCAUAACAUUCAUCAUAGUCUUCUCUAUCUGUCUUCUGUCUUUUCUGCAGAUGGAUCAGUUGUCAGACGAGGAGGUGGAGGUGAGGGAGGAUGAGGAGGAAGAGGAGGACAGCGAUAAGGAGGACCAGGACCUGGAUAAGAUGUUUGGAGCCUGGCUGGGAGAGCUAGACAAACUCACACAGGUGAGCAGAAGUUUUCCAAAACUCGGACCCUCACCUGUAUUCUUUUGCAAACAUGCCAAAAUGUUUGAUUUACUCCGUCUGCUGUCUGUCCAGAGUCUGGAUGAUGGUCGCCCACAGCCGCAGCAGCCGCCUCAGCAGAAAGCACCUCUCAGACAGGAGACAAACAUGGCCAACUUCUCCUACAGAUUCUCCAUCUACAACAUCAACGGUCAGACUUGAACACAGUAAACUCAGACUCCUGAUCCUCUCCUGCUCCGUCAUGAUGUCUUACAUUCUGGUUUUUCCUCUGUGUGUCUACAGAGGCGUUAAAUCAGGGAGAAAACGUGGAUCUGGACGCUCUCAUGGCCGAUCUGUGCUCCAUCGAACAAGAGCUCAGCACCAUCAACGCCAAACCCAACAGUGCAAGCGGCAUGGCUCGCCUGGGACUGACCGACACGAAGGUACAGACGCAGUCAAAGUGCAACAGUUUCUUUCUCAAGCCAAUAUAGAGACGCUAGUUCAUGCUUUAAAACCAGGAGAAUUGACUUUUGUACCGCUUAUCUUUCUGUUCUUCCUGUAAACAACAUCUUUAACUUCAGCUGCUGCAAAACUCAGCUGCAAGAAUGCUGACCAAGACCAGAUUUUUAGAGUUUUCUAUCGUUUUUUAAAGGUCCGUCAGAAGCCUCCAGCAGGGCGCAGCAGCAGGCAGCAGCCAGCAGGGGGCAGCAGCAUCAGUGGUGGUGGAGGUGGUAGUGGCAGUAACAGUGCCAGUGGGGGAGGGGGCAGCAGCGGGGCCAGCAGCAGCAGCAGCAGCACCAGAGCUUCACCCGCAGGGACCAUCAGAGCUCCAACAGGGCAUCAUGGGAGACCGGCGCUCGCCUCUAACUUCAGUCUGGAUGACAUCACUGCACAGCUGGAGAAGGUAUGUGGAUGUAAAUCUGGAAAGACAUCAUCCUAACUCUUGGUUAUACUCCUUUGGUUCACCCAAACCCCCUGAAAAUAACACAUUUGAUAAUUGCAGGACUGUUUUGAGAGAAAGACGUAAAAAUCUCCAACUGAUAAUCCUGAUAAAGCAGUCAUCAGGUUUAUGAAGUUCCAGAGGGAAAAAGAGAGAAACAGAGUUUCUAGAUAAAGAUAAAUAGGUCGGUGAAAGCUGGAGGCUGAGAGGAAAUUUGUUUCAAUGUUUUUGUGGCUGAAUAAUCAAUUUCAUCCAAUCUGUGGUCAGUGUUUGCUGCAGCUGUUUAUCUUUUCCUGCCUGUAUGAAUCCCUUGGCUGAAAACUAGCAAGCUGAUGGAGAAUACUGUGGUGAGCUGAAACAUUACAGUGUUUCCAAACCGCCAUAAAGCAACAUGUACAGGGUUAGACAGAUGAACAGCAAAAAUGAAAACUGCCUUAGUGGCUGUUUUUGUGAAUUACAUGGUUUUUGAAGGUUCUUUCAGGGCUUAAUUUACCCCAAAUUCAUGGAUAAGGCUAAUUUUAAUAAAUCCAAGGAGCAGUAGUGCUCAGGGAUUUCUUUUUGCAUUAUUUGCAAAGGUCUAGCUACCCGCUGAACCUGUCGUUAUAUGAACCUUGUUUAUUUAGGCCGGUGCAUAUAUGAAAAAAACAAAGGGUUUCUCAGCUGUUUUUUAUAGUAUUAGGUGUCCUUAAGAACAUAAAUAAUAACAAUAAAUAAGUAGAUAUGGCGUUAGGGUUAGGGUUAGGGUUAUGGGGUUAGGGUAAAAAUCACUGUCUAGGACCUAUUGAAGAGCACGUUUCAGACCAUUUGGAGUCAAUUAGUUUAAAAAAAAAAAUUGGUAAAAAUGGAAAAAAAAAUGUAUUUAAGCGUUAGGGUUUCUUUGGGGUUAUGUUGGGGUAUUGGGGUCAGGGUAAGGGUUAUGGGGUUAGAGUUAAAAUCACUGUCCAGGACCUUUUUAGAAGCAUGUUUUAAACUAGUUGUAGUCAAUUGGUCCAAAAAAUUGUGAAAAAUGUCCAAAAAAAAAAUUUGUAAGUGUAAGGGUUUCUUUAGGGUUAUGUUGGGGUAUUGGGGUCAGGGUAAGGGGUUAAUGUUGGGGUUAGGGUUAUGGGGUAAGGGUCAAAAUCACUAAACAGGACCUUUGUAGGAGCACGUUUCAGACCAUUUGGAGUCAAUUGGUACAAAAAAAUUAGGAAAAAUGUCAUCUUUUUAUGUAUGCAAAUUAGUGCAUAUUUAAUUAGAUAUUGCCUUAUUUACAUAUUCAUACAUAACACUUGACAAAACUUUUAAUACAAAAACAAUUUGUCUUAAUGUCAGUUAUAAACGAGGGAGGUUUCAUGGUGAUAUCUGUUCGUUAAAAAUUUUCCCCUGGGCUUCCUACCCAUCAUGGACGCCAUCUUGAAAAUGGCACCUUUCUAGUGGUCAAACUUUGAUAAACUUUUAGUAUGUUGUUAAGGACAUCAAAUACUAUAAAAACAGCUGAGAAACCUUUUGUUAGAAUUUUUUGGGGUCAAGUCAUAUUUGCACCUGACUAAUUAUAACACCACAUGUAUAUGUCACAUCGUCUGCCUCAUCAUGUGCCCGUCUUUUACUCCCUGUGUCUCCAUUUUUGCUCCCCAUCAGGCGUCUCUCAGUAUGGAUGAAGCUGCUCGUCAGACCUCUUCUCACUCCCUUAGCUCCGCCUCCACCUAUUCAUCCUCAGCCUCGAUGCGGCGGCCUGGAUCCUCUCAGCGCCAACACAGACGCACAGGAUCAGUCGGCACUGUCAGUGAACACGAGGUACAUCAGCUCUAAAGUGACCGCAGACUUUUAUCCUGAGUCUGGAACUUUUUCAAAAGGAGUUAUUUCAGGAGCGCUAUUACAUAAUAUUUCAAGCUUUUCAACUUUGUGUCUCUAAAUUUAGAGUCCAGGGCCAAGUUGCUGAAAAGAAAUCUGGUUGGGUUAAAGCUGUAUGAUUGGAUUAAAAUGGGUUUUGCAGAAAAAAUAGAAAGACAUUAUGAUAUGAGAUCAGAUUUAAUCCUGUUUGCUUUUUUAACAAUAGGAAAAUUAGGAAAACUUAUUCCCAGAAGAGAGCUGGAUUACAGGGAGAAAAUGUAAAAACUCUCCAAAACUACAGUUUUACAAUUGUUUUGAUGCUUAAGACUGUUAUUACUUUGAUGUAGAUGAGGAACGGUAGAUGAGGUAGACCUUAAAAACACAUUUUUAAAUUUGUUCGUAUCGAACAUAAAGUUUUGAUUUGAAGCACCUUUGGGAAUCUGUUAUUUGCAUGGAUUUUGGUGCCCUCUAAGUAUGUGGUUAGCUGUCCCGUAAGCGCCCUGAGAUUCCAGAUUUGGUAAUCUCUAAAGUCUUCUUGAUUAAGGUCCAGUCCAGUUAACCCAACUGAACCCUCUGAAUCUUUCUUUCUGAGCUUUGGUUUCUCUUUUACCAUCUCUAUUUCAGGUGCGUUCAAUUGUCCACUCCUCCCGCUCCUCCGUCACAUCAGCCUCUGGAGUUUCGGUGAACUCUGCCUCUUCCAUGGAGUCGUUGGACAGCGUUCUUCGUAAUGAAUCUGAUGGACAGCAGGUGUCAGUCAUACCCUCAGCUGGAGGAGCCGGUCAAGGUCACAUGGAGGUACAAACUCAUUUUUUUUUAAUCAAAACUAUGAGUUGACUUUAAAUAAGUUCAUAUUUCAGGAAAUCUGGUCAUUCUUGGUUGAAGGAGGCUUGACACUUAAGAUUGUGACCAUAAACUCAUCCAAAAACUGUUAUUAGAGGUUAUAAAUCAACUGAAAAGUCAUCUCAUUUACCCAGGGUUUCUAAUUAUCCUGCAUCAGUCGGCACUGUUGCCCCCUGUUGGUCAUUAGAGGAAAAGGGUUUUACGGUAUUUGUGAUUCUUCCAUGUUUACCUCUAGUUUAUUGGUCCAGGUGUGCUAAAAGGAUCUCCCUCUCUAAAACCUGUCCUCUUACUGGGAUUACGCUGAGUCUGCUAUCGUUUCAAGCAGACUAUCAGGAGAUUAAGUGGUUUAGCCGAUAAUUGCAUUGAAAAUGCCGGGUAUGUCAUUAGCGCACAUGCAAGUCAGGAUCAGCGGGUCAAAGAGAAGACAUGUAGAUGAUAAAUACUUAAAUGUUCCCUUUGUUAAACUAAAUGUUUACUUUGAUUUUGAAGUUUAUUUUUCUGGUGACAGAAUCUGUAACAUUUAACUUUUGAGUGUCUUUUAUGAGGUCGUCCUGCAGUGUGGAAAUUUCACACAAAGUUGCAUUUAAAGUUGCAAAAUCAAAAUGUUUAUUGCUUAAGCAGGUUAACAUACAAAGAAUGAGCUCUGGGCUUUUGAUGCGUCACAAAUCUAUUAUUACGCUAUUGUUUGACCCAUUUUCGCAAGGUGUUUUUGCCAAGAUAGUUGGUAGAUGGAUACAUUUAUACUUAAUUGAUCUGGAAGGACAUUCGUUAUCCAGUAGCUUGCAAAGCACAUGAUAUCUACACGUAAACCAAUUCAAGUAGCAAGAAAAUAACUUAAGCAUGUCAGAUCAUAUUUGAACUGUACAAACUGCAAUGAAACACGUACAUAUUUUAGAUUAAGCCAUUUAAUUACACAAUUUGAUUAUUAAAAUUGAGCCAGUUCUACAAUAAAGAAUCAAACGAAAAGAUUCAAAUUGAACCAAAAUAAUUAACGUUGACCACUUGCAAAACAACCCUAUUGCAGCCUAUACACAAUGAAAGUAGCGUUUCAAAAUGGCUAAUGGCAAAUUUAAAAGAAACAUGUAAUGAAAUUAUGCAAAAAAAUCUGGUUUUAAUUGCAGGAAAUGUGUGUUUCGUGGUCAUAGUCCUUUAUCUAGAAACCUUCAUUUGAGAGAUUACAGAAAAGGAAAAAGUUAAGAGUAUUGAUGAUGAAGAAUAAAUCUAUAAUUCAAAACACAAAUACUUAAAAUGCAUUUACAUGUGAGAAAAGAACAUCCAAAACGAUUGAUUAGGGAACUCACAAAAAUUGUGUGAUAAUAAACAAAACAUGAAAAAUAUCUGCUUUCCUGUUCAUUCCUUGAACAAAGUUAGACAAUAAAAACAUUUAUAACCCUGAAACCAUCAAAUGCAGCCUGUUAAAACAGGUUAUUUGUGUCAACUUUCAAUGGAGGUAUUGUCCUAAGUAUACUUCAACUUGACUUUUACAGUUAAAUUAUAUGUUGUUCUGUGAAAUCAGUGGUGAACUUUUCCACAGCUGCAGGAAACAUCUCUUACCCAGCAGACGUACCUUCUUCUCAGCGGAGGUUUUAAAAUAGUGAAGGAUUUUUUCAGGCUCUGCUGCAGCGUUUGGUUUGUAUUCUCUGGCCUUUUCUCCUCCUGCUGGCUGUGUGCUCCUGACAGUUUCUGCUGCUUCAGGCUGUGUCCUCGCUCUUUUUCAGAUCAAAAUCACUCAGGGUUUUUUUUUUUUCCUGUCUUGGAACACACUGAGUACAAAAAGCAGAAAAUAAUCUUCCCUGAAAUCACAGUCGUAGACAACUCAAAGAUGUGGGAGAAAAAAUGUGAAGGGUGAAAUGCUGGAAGAGCACAGAACAGUUGCAGGGUUCGGUUUUAACUCUGCAAACUUUACAUAAUUCCUCACUCACACUAUCCUUCUAAUUCGACCCCAAAACAAUGAUAAUUUUUGCAUCAUGCACAAGCAAAAAAAUAAGCAGGUCUGCAAACACAAACCCCGUUCUGAGAGUAGGAAUCUGGGUUACAGCUUCAUUUCACCCAGUGUAUACAGAAAUACUACAGAGACCAGCCAUGGAGAAAGAGAGAGAGGGAGUAAAAAAAAAGACGAGUGUAGGAUUGAAUAAAAUUAGAAUAAUGAGAUGAGAGACCAGAGUGAGUCAGCGAAACAGCGAUGAUGAUGAUGAAGGAACAUGGAGAGGGGAUGGUGGUCACCAAAGGGCGAUCACAGAGAAGAAUAAACAGUGAUGUGUAUGAAAAGAAAACAAAGAGACAAACACUGAGGCGGAGAGAGAGAGAGAAAAGCAGAAGAGAGGGAUUAGAGAGGAUGUGAUGUGGUGUUUUGGCCCAGAGCGCUGCUCCCAUGAGUUCAGCUCAUUAGAAACUGGGACUGCUGCAGUUUGAGUCUCAGAGUGUUUUUCUGCUUCACACACUCUCUUUGAGUGUACAUCGAGGGCUAGAAAAAAGUAGAUCUCCCUGAAACCUGCUGAACUGUCUGAAAAAUAGAGAUUAGACUGUGUAUUGAUGGUCUGAUGUUUCUUUUCUAAUUAGAGAGGCAGUGACAGUUCAAUCAACUGUGCAAAAACAGCAUCUAAAAGCGCCUUACAUAACCGUAUACACAACAUAGGACAUUAUAUAAUUCAUUAGAAGUAUUAAUAAUAAUCAGGCAGACCUGGGGUUGAAUGAGGAAAUUAGAAUUAACUGAACCACGUGGACACGGUGUCUGAUUGGUGCAUGUCCAAAGCCUCCAUUGUGGAAGCAGCAGCAAAGAGUUGUGGCCUCAUUUGGUGGUGGAGAAGGAGGCCUCUUGGACUCAACUAACCCAGGUGUUUCUGAAGCAUUAGAUUGGUACCGCUCGGGUGGCCUGGAUGGCUUUAGUGGAAGCAGAAGCCUAGUGGGGAAGCUGUGGGAAAGGACUUCUUGCUAUCAAGCCUCUUCCAAUAUCAUAUGGAGGUCUGGGAUAGUGUGUGUGGCAUAGUAGUGAACCUGGGUGAUGGUUCCCUAGAGGUUGUGCUUCAGUUAUGUUAAGAUCUUGUACUUUUCAGCCCCCUUAUUCCAGGAUUCAGGGGAAAAAAGCUAAACAAAUACUGUGUGCAGGAGUUAGCCCAUCCAGUCGUCUACUAGUGUAUAUAUGGAGAAGGCCUAUGACCAAGUCUCUUGGAGGAUCUUGCAGGGGGUAUGACAGGAAUAUGGAGUUCUAGGGCCAUUGAGCAAUGAGCAAUCUGGUCCCGACAAGUGUAAGAGACUGAAGGUAGACAUGUUCCUGGUGCCUUCACAAGGAUUACCCCUUUGCCAACAGUCCUGUUUCUGAUCUCAGAAGAUGUCCAGGGUGUCUGGCUUAGAGACUUCAGAAUCCAUCUCUGGUUUUUGCAAGUGUUUAUGUUGACCUUUAGUCCCUACCACUAGAGAUGCAAUUAAUAAAGCAAGAGAGAAAUGGACCAAGGGUAUUCCUCAACAGCAUCAUGAGAAGGGAGGUCCGUUUGUUAUGGCAGUCAGCUGAUUCUUCAAAUACAAUUCUCAUUUUUAUGGAUUUUAUAAAAAUGUUGUCAUCACACGGUACUAACUGACAUGCCUUAACAAGUUUUUAAGGGCAUCAGCUGUAAAGUUCAUCACUGAUGAGCGUAGCCAUUUACAGGCACUACAGCCCCAACUAGUGGUGGGUGGCUGUACUACAGCUCACACUGAAUACGACCAGAUUUUCAUGUCUUCAUGAAUGAAAGAAUUACUGAUUAUGACAGAGAAGAUGUCAGACAGUCAGGACAGACAGCCUGAGCCAGACACAAACUAGAAGUUUUGGACCUGAAGGUAUUUUUAUCAGUCAUAUUUGAAUGACACUAAAGCUUUUAUAACCUGUCUCCACUUUAUUAGCUUAUGCAAAAUACUGGAAAAAAAAUGUAAAAUAGUGGAGAUACCAUUGUCAAAAAAAAGAUGAUUGAGAGGAAUUAAAAAUAUAAAGGAGUGUAGCAGAAAUAAAAUCUGUUCCUUGAAAUAUAAAUACAUGAAAACAAUAUUUUAUCAGAUUAAAAAUAAAUCACUUUUAAUAAUCUGAAAGCUGUUUGUCAAAUGUGUAAAAAUUUUAGCCCCCCUUACAUUGGAUUACACAAAAUAUUUAAUAUAAAAACCUGUAGAGGAGCCACACAACAUUAGCUACAUCUUCAUGUGUGGCUUUUCCCUCUGAGUGAUUACUGUGUACCAAAGAGGAUCAACACACACACAGAAAAUACACACAACACACACUCUUGGAUGUCAGAUCUUGGCCGAAGGGAAGACUGUAAUCGUGUGUGUAAAAAAGUGUGUGUCUGCAGCAUGUUUGACCUAAAUAUUAUUUUUAAUCUGAAGCUGUCGAGAGAGAGAACUAAUGCUUUCUAUAAAAUGAUUUCUAGUGAUUGAAACACAUUCAAGAGAUUAUAAAAGACAGCAGCAAAUCAUAUUUGAGCGUUUUAAAACAAAUGUAGUUUAUUAAAAUAAAAUAAAGUGCUUUUGUUUUAUUAUUCUCAGAUUCUGAUAUAUAGAUAGAAAUAGAUACCAGUUAUCAUUUGUACCUCUAAUUGGUUAAAAAUAAGUGGAAAUUAAAUAAAAUGUGUCUUUUUAGAACCUUGGCUAUCUAAAAUAAGUAUCAGGGAAUUUACAGUAUUAGAUAAGAUCCAAAAUACAGACUGUACUGAGACUGAAACUCCAUCCAGCAUCCUGAUAACCUUCUGUCUAACACAAACAACUUUUCUCUGCCCUUUAAUCCAAUAAAACGGAUAAAUCCCACUGUGUGUCUCUCUACUGGAGUCCAGUCUGCCCAGUAGGAACCAGCUCAGGCUGACUCACUGCAGCACAUGCUCCAGAGACACAGGAUUAUCAAAAGCUCGCUGAGCCGAUAGAUUUGACCGGCCUCUGUGGAAUCCACGUUGUCAGUAAAUAUGAGUAAUACAGUAAAUAAUUUAUCAAAUAAAUAAUGAAUAAAAUCUGGCUGGUAUCCUGCUGGCAUGGAGAUAAAAUCCUGUGUAGUAUGAAGAGGGGAGGGGUGGGGAGGGGGUCUGUUUGGCUGUCUAGACUUCUUUGAGUCAAGCCUGGAGCAGUGCUGACUUGUCUCUAUUUGAAUUAUUUAACCUUUAUUUUCCAGAGAAAUGUUGACAUCACUGUCUGAAGUGUACACAAGGUUUUUUUUUCAGUGUUCAGGAGUUAAAUAAAAAAAUACGAAUUUAAAACAAUAAAUCCAAACAUCCUCUUUUUAUUAUUGGUUUUUAAUUUUGGCAUUUUGUGUAACCUUCUUGUAUUCUUGGUUGAAAGUAGUUCAUUGCUUCAUCAUUGACCAAUCAGAAUUGAGAAGUUGAGGGACGACGGAGAAUAAGCAGCAUAAAGAUUUUAAAAACAAGCUUAAAGGUACAGUCUGUAAAAAUAUUCCCCUUUGCAUUCCAAGUUGACAAAAACAAUUUCCAACAAGUCCAUUCUGAUAAAUGCUGCCAAAUACUGCUCAUUGCACCUUUAACAAUCUCCACUAUGAGUAAGUGCAGCAGGACAAUAUUUGUUGUAAACUAAUUAAUCAGCGUCACAUUGGCAUGUCAGUUUUGGCCGAUGAGAACUGAUAUCACAACCAGUAACAGUAAAUACCAGUGAGAAAUGAAGAGAGUAGAUGGAGAAGGGAACUGGGAGAGGAACUUAACUUUACUUUUGACUUACAAGGACAGUGCACCAUAUAACAAUACAAUAUCAAUAUUACACCUAAAAGAGGCUACAAACCACAUUAAACACUGCAAAAUUUACAAUAUAACUGCUCACUGAGUAAUAUUACAACAUAGACAGGUGAGAAAUUACAUGCAGCUUCUCAUUAGAGUUUAUAAAAAUCUGUAGAAAUCCACUCAUGGAGAAUUAACAGAGUGAUUGAUGUGCAGCAAUAUCAGUACAGCAGCUUCAAAAUCAGGUGAAUAUUAAAUAUAUUGAAUUUCGUCUAAUAUAACUUGAUUUUGUUGAUGAAUAAAAGUACCACCCCCCUUUCUUUUUCUUGAAAAUCAUAUCUUGGAUGUAACCUCUUCUUUUCUCUGAAUUUUAAAUCCCAUCUGGUAAAAUAUCUAAGCAGAUUGAGCAGGUGGAGCUCUCAAGAUUUAAAGAAAAGCGUUUCCUCCUAAAAUAUUUGCUUGACUGAUGAUGUACAACCGUCUUAAAGGAUCAGAUGGAUUUUCUUCUUCCUGGAGGACAGAUGUGACUUAUCCAGUCUGGAUGAAAAUAAGCUCUGGGUUACUUUCUCUGACAGUUUGUUUCAGUAUUUUUCUGAAUAUUCCCUCUCCUCGUCGUCGUACCUGUAUCAUAAAACUGUGAUUUGUUUAUGAUGUGAACAUUUCUCCUCCACAGGUGUUUAUCUACAGCCGCUGAAUCAGUGAUGUUUUUCUGCUGCUGAGCUCUGCUUCUCCACACAGCUUUCUGCUAAACCUCCACGCCCAGCCAAUCAAACUCCACAUUAAUUCACCAGGACUCUCUCUGUCUCUCUCUCUCUCUUUAAAGCACUCCUAUCUGGACAGGGAAACCUCUCUGAUUCUGAGAAACAUAGCAGGAAAGCCUUCACACCUGCUGACCAAGGUGACACACCAUUCAUUUCUGCACGCCACUGCUCCUCUCCUGCAUGCCUGUCACCCUGAGCGACUCUAUGCAUGAUUCAGUGUUCAUGCAUAAGGAGUCAAGAUCAAUGUGCAUGUCUUUUCUUUACUCCUCUCUCUUUCUUUGACUUUUGUUUUUAAUCAGGGACACUUUGUGUGUUGUUUGUGCGAUGCAAAGUGUGGUGACGUGUGCUGUUUACAUGCAGAAACCUGGAGUAUGAUCCUAAAGCUUUGCAGAGACUGUAACACAUAUUGUGCCUUUAGAAAACACAACAUGACAGACACUUUUUGGGUAAACUAGGCUAACCAUUAGUUUGCAACAUGAAUUUGACGCCAAUCUGAUAAAAACAGAGUUAAGUCACAUCGUCAUGAUGUGGAAUGGGUUAAAGCCUGCAAGACAGAAAUGCAGGUCCAUUUUAUAACGUAAUUAUAUAUGAAUAAAUUGAAUAAAAAGUUACUUGAUGAUUUAAUCUUGAAGAAAAAAGUAACUGAAAUUGGUUCGGCUAAUUGAUGGGGCCAAAGUCAGUUGCCUUUUUGUGUCUUAGUCCUGUAAAGCUUUGUGGAAAUUGGAUGUGAUUGUUUUUUGGGUAAAAAUACUCUGCUCUCCUGCAGAGGAGUGACACUGUCUCUGUGUCGUCAUACCCCAGCUCCUCUCUGGUUCUUGUUUUCUGGUGAAGCUUGUAAAUGUCAGAUCUGCAGCCUGAGUGCAGAGGCCAUUCUGCUUCAAGCACGAUUGGAUUUGUCUUUUUAAGAUAAAGAAAACGCAUGAUAAGAGAGGAGGCAAACUGUACCUGACACAGUGUGCACUGUUUGGGUUUACAUCUCAGCGGAGGGAAGAGUCUCACAAAGAAGCGUUCACACAUGUGCUUAUCCUCUAUUGUGUCUAUUGUGUAGAAGCAGCAGAAACAGCAAUAUGUUGGCCUUUGUUGACAAAACUCUUGUGUGAUCACGAUCUAAGACUGCUUCACCAACACUUUGUGCUUGUGGUUACAUAUUUGGGAUGAUGAAUUAAUGAUGAAGUUACUUUUUCAUAUUUUAUAAAAACUGUGUUCAGGUAAGUGUGACAAUCAACACUUUUUUGUCUGCAUCAAUCCACCAAAACUAGUAAAAAGUCCAGAAUGUGUUACCAGGUAAUGGACGACAGUUCUAAGCAUCGUUCCCGAUCAGUUUGCAACAAUUGUUUAGUUUCCCGUUCCUCUUUAUUUGCAGGUAUUGUGUACUCUUAUUUUGACUCCUCUGUGGAGCAAGCCUCUAGUGACCAUUUGAGGAACUGCAGCUUUAAGCACUUUUUGCACUGACCGUCUUUCCUUUAAACUGCCUGUCCGGGCGCCACAUAAGGCGGGAUAAGAUUUUACUUUCACAGAGUUCCACUGACCUUGUCCUUUCCAAAGGAUCUAUUAAGCCCAGUGUGUGCCGUGUGUGGUUGGCAUCACUGACCUGACAGGACAUUGCUAAGCAGCCUCGGUUUGUUGUUGACGGUCUGGAGCUGGGCCAGUUGCAAUAAUGGAGCUUAGCCGGUGAGCCUUGGGCAAGUUAACACCAAUCAAUGCAGAUAAUGGGACCAGCUAAUACUCUAAUCAUUGCUCGUGUUGUUGUUGUUGAUGUCCAGCCCAGAUCUGGAUACUGGUGUUGGGCAGGUUUUUGCAGGACUGUAGCUGCAGAGAAAAUAAACCAAGUCUUUGUAGAGCUAGACACAGUGGAGAACAUCUUAUCUUAACUGAUGGCCCCAUUUGAAGGAGAUUAAAUAGAAUUUUUCCAUUUUAACCUGGCUUUUCUUAAGCUAUACAACCUAAUGUACAUGAAUGUACAUGAAUUAGAUUGAAAAAAAACUCCAAUAUGUGGCUGUAAUGUAAGAGUUUCUGCUGCUCUUAAGCUAAAGCUGUAGUCCUCUUAAUGGCUAAGGGGAGAGUUUUAUUUUCUGUGUGUGUGUGUGUGUGUGUGUGUAUUAGAGAGUCAGUAAGGAGGCUUUAUUCUGAUUGGAUCAGGGUUGUCAUGUUUUGACUGGAUGAUGAAGCACAUAAAGCACUCUGAUUGGAUGUUAGAGGAACGGAUCAGAUCCCUGAUUAUAAUCUUCUUUGCAAAGAGGGGUGAUUCCCAGUAGCAUCAUAUAAACACACACACAAUACACAUGUACAUGGACACACACAGCAGCUGGCUGGCAAUGGGCUGUCUUAUUUGUCUGAGUAAUGUCAUCACACAGACUUACACAUCUGCUCCUCCCCGCUUCAUCGACCUGUUUCAAUUCUGCAAGGGAGAAAAAAAAAAUCCUCCUAAACCUUAGGGAGUCAAAUUAAGGUUCAGGUCAAGCUAACCCUCGCUGUUCACCUUUUGAACCCAAAUCCCAAAUCCUGUGACAGCUGAAUUUAGGUCUCUCGGACAGAUUAUGAAGCAUUCAAUAAAGAACAACAUUCUAUACAAAUUUGAUUGAAAGUUUUCAACAAGCUUUUCCAACAUGGUGUUUGGAUCGAUACAUAUAAUGAUACCAUAUGUCUGUUUUGGUCCCAUAGUGUUAUUCAGUGAUAUUAUUAUGUGGAUAAACCCAGGCUUUGUGCUGAAUAAAUGAUUGUAUUGUAUUUGUGCUGUAUAAUGAUGAUGGGCAUAAUUUCUUCAGCAUCAUGCUGUCCUACAGGAAGCAGCAGGAAAAAGAUCGAGAAAAAGAUAGCGAGACCUUGGGCCAGUCCAUUGACUGCAGUGGGGUGACGCAGCUCAAGGAAGAACAUUUAUAAUCAUUUCUUCAUGGAAAUGCAAUCAGACCGAGAUGCUAAAGCAGAAGAACUAUCACGUCUGCAGUGCAAAAUGAUUAAUAUGAUGAUUAUUACUUCAAGGAAAUGAUAAAGAAAUGAUCAUAAAUGUUCUUCCUUAAGCUGCGGCACCCUGCUUUAGUUGGAGGUCUCCAUACAAACAAGCGACUGCUGGAAGAGAGUAGGUUAGUUGUGUUUACUCUCUUUGCUCAAGAAAUUAGGGAAAGUUAAAAAGAUGUUUGGUGGCUAGUGCUAUGGCUAGGACCCUAUAUGUACUGUUGAUGAAGUUAGGUGCUGUUCUGAGCAUUAUUUGUGGCUAUAAAGGUGGCGUUUUGGUUGAGCUCUCUGUGUGGCUCUCUGUAUUGCUAUCGUGCGGUCGUUGCUAAAGUUGGUAUAACUAGAGAAGCAAGCGGUCGGCAACAUUUAUCUCUCAACAGGGUGUCUAACUCGGUGUUACGGUGUGUUUGACCCUAACUUAAUUCUACGCCGGAAUAUCCCUUUAAACAGCUGCCACCCGCCUCAGAUCCAGCUAUUACUGGUUGUGGUACCAGGCAAACAUGUCUCAUUUUCUCUUGGCUGUUCUGUCCCUGUAUUAUUCUGACUUCUCUGAAUCAUAGCAUGAAGUGCUCUGAGCUGCCAAAAAAAAAUGAAGCGAUUUUUGUGUUAAAUCAUUUUCUAGGAUUGAGUGGGAGGGGCCACAAUGGGGACUGACAUUCAAGGGAGAUUACAAGCUUCUGGGCCGGUCUAAUUCCUGCAGCAGCAAUGAGGCUGUGGAUGUAUUUAUCACUCUGCUGCACUUGCCUUCCAGGGAACAGCAGUAUGUGUGUGUGUGUGUGUGUGUAUGUGUAUGCAUGUGUGUGUGUGAAUGUAAGGGCUCUUUAUGAGGCAGUUUGCAUGCAGUAGCACAUGUGCAGUUCUGUGUCAGUGUUACACCGCCUCAGCAAUAAAUGAAACCUCCCACACACAUAUAUAUAUACGCGCACACACUCUCGUUCACACGUACACACAGCUGGCCCACUUCUGCCGCUUCUCUAUAAGCCCCCCAUCGCUCUGCUCUGCUCUGAGCCUACGGCAGCUCAGGAGGGACACAUUCCUCAUGACUUCAAAGGCAGCAGGAUCUUUCCUGGCACAGGCUAAUUUUAGUGGUUCUAUAAUGUAGGUCAAGUGAAUAUCUGUGAGACAGAGAGAAAAUGUUUACGCUGCAAGCAGGAAGUGAUGGGGAUGACAGUGGGAGGAGGCAGAGGAAAUGUCCUUUUGUCUGUGAUUGGAUGUGCGAGAAGAAAAAAUGCAGAGAAAACAUGCAUAUUCAAUCUGAGUCGACUAAUUUAUCAUGAAGUGGAGGAGCUUGAGGUCUAGAUUUAGGAUUAAUGGAUUAUCAUAAACAAAUUGCUUCAGGUUUUCUGAAUGGGAACAGGAUUUUCCGCAGAAAUUAAACCCUUUGAAAAUGUUCCCAAUUAUUUAAUUAACCUUAUUAUUUAUCAAUCCUUAGUUUACAUUGCUGAACUUAAAGUACAUGUUUCAGUGGUGGUCACUGGUGGAGUACCUUGCAGUAAUAAUUUGUUGAAGUGUGAUGAUGAUGAUGAUGAUGAUGUUGGUUAGGUUGAAGGCAGGAGAUGAGGGGGACCAUAAUGAUUGUGAAGGCUGUGGUGAUGAUGAUGAUGAAGAUGAUAACUGACACACUUCAGCCAAAUGCAGCUUCAGGCAUCUGAUAUUCUCCUGAUAAUUACAAAAUCAAGCUCAACCAAAUUUUAAUGCAGACUGACAUGACGUGUAGACCGAAGUGUCAGUUACUAUUAAAAUGAUAAUUCACUGUGACUGUUUAACAUUCCCUGGCUGUAAACAGUUGUUUAAAUUUGGUCCUUUCAGCCACAGUAACUCAAAUAAAACAACACACUUGGAUAGUUUAUUACAUUACACAUGACACUUUGUCAGAUUUAAUAUUUUUUUAUCGGCUGCAUAUUAUUUUUAGCUGUACUUAAAUUAAAAAACAUUUAAUCAAGUACAAUAUCUACUUAAUUUAACUCCUGUUGUAUUUAUGUAUUGCUAUACAAUAUGAUUUUUGAUUUUGAUUUGAUUUGAUUUUUUGCCUAAUUUAAAAGAGUACAACAUAAAACAUGAUAGGUAAUAAUGAAAUGGUGCAUGAAGAGGCAAAAAAGCCACGAUGGGCAUAUUUGAAGCCUCCACCUUAUAAUAGCCUGAUAUUAAUAUUACAAUUGAAUGUACAAAAGCACAAGAUAACGUGAAAAAAAUUGAUAAAAUUAUAGUGACUGACAACAACAAUAUAGACAAUACAAUAUAAUGUGUACAAAACAAUGUGAUGCAAUACAAUCCAGUGCAAUACAAUAUAAUAUGAUACAAUGUUAAGAUACAAUACGAUAGUUUACAUUGCAAUUCGAUACAUUAUGAAACAAUAUGAAGCAAUGUGAUACAAUAUGAUAUGAUAUACUGUGAUACAUUGGAAUACAAAAAAAAAGCAUUUUGAUAGUAUUUGGUACAUUAUGAUACAGUAUGAUAUGAUGCAACACAAGAUGAAACAAUGUGAUAUAAUGCAGUGCAACUCAAUUUGAUAUAUACACUGUGAUAACAUACGAUAUGAUGGGAUACAACAGGAUACCAUACAAUAGUAUUCAUUGAGAUUUGAAAUAAUUCAAUUCAAUUUGAUUGAAUUAAUAAACAAUAAAAGUAAAAAUGAAAAAUGAACAUCACCAUGUUACAGUGCAGCAUGUUUCUACUACAAACAAUAUAAGAGAAAAGCAAGGAUGUGAUGGAUAAAGGGGUUUAUAGUGAAAACAAAGGGCCGUAUUAGAGCUCGAUAUGUAACAAUGACCCAAAAUGUAAUAAAAAGAAACUUGUAUUAAACCUGAAAUGUAAUAUCUAGUCGAUAAUGUAACAACUUUCUUUCCUGAAAUAUAGUAACUUGUUACAUUUCAGGAAAGAAAGUACUUUAUGGGUUUUAUUACAUCAUUUAUAAUGUCAACACAGCUACAUUAUAGACAAAUUAUUACAUUUUGGGCUUUAUUACUUUUUUUUUUUUAAUAACAUUUUGUGUCAUUGUUACAUACUGGGCUCAAACAAGCCCUUCUGCCAUUUGUAAUAAUUUGUCCCUGAGGACAGCUGUUGUUUUACAAACAUAAAGUAUUUGUUGCUAUGGGAGUAAAAUCCACAUCGCAGUAAUUUUAGCUUGAGUUAAUCCUCUUUUUCAACCUUUAAUUCAGUUUUUAACCCCAACUAAAAAAACAUAUUCUCCACGUUAUGAAGCUGUUUAAGAGCUUAUGCCGCUGCUUAGUGAAUGGGGUCUUGUGUUAAUGUGUGAGUGUGUGAGGGAGAGUACUUGAGGGGGGUUUUGGGGGGAUGUCAAUAAGCAGAUUGGCUGCUAAUCUCCUCUUCCUCCUCCCUCAUCAUCUUCAUCCCUUUCUGCCCUUUCGCUCGCGCACAAUAUGGAUCCUCUCGCGUGUGUUUGGGGGGAAAAGUAGAGCGCAGACAGAAGUCCAGACAUUCAUGUGAGGUGAAGAUCCUCUGAAAAAUCGACCAGCAUACAAAUAAGCACAAGAGGCGGAGAAACGGAGGCAAGGAGGGAGUUAAAAAGGAGUGAAAUGAGGACAAAAUGCAACUAGAUGAGAAAAGAAGAAUCAGAUAAGAGAACUGCAAAGGCAAGGAGGAACGGAGGGACUGCGAGGAGGGGGCAUAUGAGCGCUUGAGAUAAAGAGAUCAGAGCCUCUGCAUGGAAGUUGGCACAGCUACGACGCCCCUCCCCCACUGCCACCCCAUCCAUCCCUACCUCCCUCUCUUUCUCUCUCUCUCUCUCUCUCUCUUCCUCUCAUUCCCUCAGUCUCGCUCAUCUGGGGAGGAUGUGACAGGACAAGGUAGCAUCACUCAGCUUGAUUUGACAGCUAGACUCAGACUGCACCAGUCCGUCCCGAUAUCUGGCAUUCAGCCGGACAAAACAGGAGUCAGUUGAUCUGUUGAUUUAGCCGAUAGCUGGAUUAGCCAACCUGCAGCUCAGUCAGGAUGUAAACUGCAUGUGAAAGAGAGAGAGCUCCUGCAACAUUUUUGUUAACUUUUGCUCCUUUUUUACGCUCUUAAUUUGCUCGCAGGUUUUAUAUUUGUAGCUGGAAUUAAGACUCUUUCUGCUCCUCUAGCCACCUUCUGCUGCUUCUGAUCACCUCCGCUUCAUCUUAUUUUGGAGAUUGCAGAUACGAAGACUGGACUUCUUCUCUUCGAAUUCCUCCGCUGCAGCUGCAGAGAAGCAGCAGCCCUGCCUCUUGUUUGUGUCUGUUUGGGAAAUUUGGAUAAUCUAACUUUAGGGGGGACAAUAACUACAUGCGAACAUGUAGAGUACGAGCGUUAAUCCAAUCUCGGCUUUUAUCGGCUGCCAAAUUAAUCUGGACAUAAUGAUGAUAAUGAAGAGGAGGAGGAGGAGAAGCAGGUUUUGCACUGCCAACCAGACAUGUCCGAUGAUUCUUCAGAGUUUGGGCUCCUUGGAAAGUGCACCUGUGUCUUGUUGGGACUAACCUCGGGCUGCUGUUUUGAUUCCUUCUUCACUCUUGCAGAAAAUGGUUUGCACUUAAGACAGCCUGCGAAACUGGGCUAAUCUGACUGCGAAUACACAGACAAUUUCCUGAUAUAAACCUGGAUUUCCUGGACUUCAAAUACUGGAUUUUGUGCUUUUAUUUGAUGCAAAGCAGACACUAAAGUGUUGGUUGAUCACCUGAAAUAAAUAAACCAUGAAUUCCUGUUGGAAGGGUCAGGUAGGAACAGAUUAUAAUGAGUUUACCUGACCUUAAUACGGAUUGACAGCGCGUGCUGCAGAAAUGUGUCUGUCCAUGCUAUUAGAUUUGCAUUGACUCAUCAUAAUGCAUGCUUUUUGUUGCCCUUGUCGAUGCGUGUGUGUGUGCGUGCGCAUGUGUGUGUGCAGGAGGAGCAGGCUGCCAAGCUGAAGGCAGAGAACAUCCGAGUCGCCCUGGAGAAGAUCAAAGAAGCCCAGGUGAAAAAGGUGAGUCCGGUUCACACAAACACACACAUGAGGACAGAGAGAUUAUGCAGCAACAUUUGUGUAUAUGUGUGUGUGUGUGUGUGUGUGUGUGUGUGUGUUUUAUAGUUUUGUGCAUCUUAACUGUGUGCAUGUGCCAGUCAGAGUCUGGCACGUGUCCAACGGACUCUGUUUUCUGGGUCAGGUCAGUGUUACUCCACGUUGAAAAGCCGUGGUCAAUAACAGCUGGGGUCAACACACGCAUACGUGCACGCGCGCACACUCGCACACACACACAGCACUUAGUAUAAUGACCAUAGCAAGUUAAGUCCCAAUCUCACGGAGCAGAGAGAGAGAGAGUGGAUUACCAACCUGGAUUACCACACAGAAACACAACUCCUGCUACCUGUCAUUGUUUAUCAGUCGAUGGUGCACGGAUCCAUCUUUACCUCGUCUAACUCUGGUGCAAAAACACGAACACAUUAAUGAACAUUGAGGGGAUUUCUGCAAAAGAAAGCCCCAUGGAAAGAAAAGUUUUUGUGUCACUGUCUUCAGACCUUGUUUGUGCAAAUAACACGAGGAGUAUUUGGGAUUGAUCGGUUGCAAGAGAGUGAAAUUUUAAGGGAAAUGCUGCAUAAACUCAAAAGCACAAAGGGACAUUUUUAACACUUUAAGAGGAGCAAAGAACGGACAUGACAUGAUAGCAACUUUAAUUGGGAAUCAAGUUUUCCGUUCCAUAACAAGGUCCAGUUAAAAAAAUCAGUAUUUUCAUGAGAAAAAACACUGUGCAAAAACAUUUAUAAAGUUUUUGAAUCUGAUUACAGUUUUCCAUGUUUUAAAAAAUGAACUGUUCCCAAGAUCACAAUAGCUGCCAUGAUAAAGUUUGGGUGAUAUAUAUUCCUGAUAAAUGCAAAUCAACUCUGAGAGCAUGAAACAGUUCUUGCUGUUGCUGCAUGUGGCUGAUAGAGCUUAGGUCAGGGGAAAGAGCUGUUUUUUUCAGUAGGUUUGUUGCAUAAAAGAAGUUAAUUUAGCACCAAAUGUAUCCUAUUAAACUUGUAAAUAAAACCAAAACACUUGUUACCUAAAGGAUGUAUUCCAGCCUCUGCAGGUUCUUUGUGAAAAUGUGAAGUUUGUGGAAGUUUGUUGCAGGUUUUGCAGCCACAGAAGUCCAAAUCUUUUGUGUGUGUGAAUGUGUUUUGAUAUUGCAACAAUUCUAUGCAAAUGAACACAUUCAUAUCGCACACUCAGUAUGCAUAUGAAUAAAAGAUGUUAUACAUAAGAAGCUCUAAGCUCUCAAAGCGGAGUGUGUAUGUGAUGCAAUGCCUUGAAGCAACAAGGUUUCGUCACUCGUUUGAAGAGAAAAUACACAAAAACUGUCACCUGCAGAGCUGUGUUGUUGUCGGAGAUUAGUCUGUGAACACAAGGGGAAAAAAAGAGGUUUCAAACCAGACGAGAAUGAUGCAUGAUGGUUUCUUUCUCUCUUUGUAGCUGGUGAUUCGUGUUCAUUUGUCAGACGAGAGCUCAAAGACGAUGAUGGUGGAUGAGAGACAGACCGUCAGACAGGUAUGAGUCUGGUUUAAAUCAGAACUUCUGUCAUUUGUAGCAGUUUAAAUGAUAAUAUAUAAGUAAAAGUCAUAAAAAUGAACAAUCAGAAGCUGUUAGCAGUGACUAAACUUUAUAGUUAACAGCAAUUAACUGUAUUUUAUAUCUUACCUGGAGAAUCUCAGUCAGUUGGUGUUGAUAUCAGUGCUUGAACCUUUAGAGUUGGUAUCGCUGAACGCAUAUUAGCUAAGUACUAACCAAAAAGGCUUUUGUUUACAAUACAGUUUUAAAAUCUGCUUUAGUAUUAUUUAAUGUAACAUACUGACUCGCUGUAAAACUCUCUCACAGCCUGAUUUAGGCAGCUUUCAGGUGAUAUUCAGGGGCUUAUCAAUCCCCGUCAGAAGAGAUCAGAGUAUUCAGACACUGUACAGAUCUGAUUCCUCUAACACUAAAAUUUAAUGUGUUUUUUUGGAGGCUGCCAUAAUUUUAUAGUCUGUUGUCCAUCAGAGGCUGUAUCUGGAAUCAGUUGACCUUUAAAAGUCCAAUCAGAAGCCAGGAUCUCCCAUCUCAGCAGAGCAGUGAAGAGGAUAAAACUUUUGAGAUUUGUUGCUGACACAGGAAACCUGUUUAGGAGCUCCACACAGAAAGAGAAAAGAGCUGAAAAGGGAGCUGGACGAAUAAGCUCUGGAUAGGAAUAAGGAACUAUAGUAUUCUUAUCAUCAUUGCAAAACUCUGUAAGUGCAGUGUUCAUCUCACAGUGCUGCGUGUUUUGUUCAGGUUUUGGACAGUUUGCUGGAGAAAUCUCACUGUGGUUACAGUCCAGACUGGUCUCUGGUGGAGACUAUCAAUGAGCUGCAGAUGGGUGAGUACACACACACACACACGCACACACACACAUAUAGAAAAACACACAGGGCCUUUCCAAAAGAGUCGCCUGCACCCUCUUCCUACACAUCCCCAAGCUGUUUACACACGAUCACAGUCUGCCACAUUAAAUGCCGUCCAAACCCUCGGAGUGUGGAGUAAUAGUGGGUUGUUUUACACUCCAACAGCGAGCAUGGAAACCAUUAAUCAUUCGUUAUGGGACACGCUCCAAAAAUGAAAAAAUCCAUGUUGUAACCCACAUGGUCGGAAACGGCUAAACUGACAAAAAUGACACAAUAAGGAAGAUGUAAAAAUGAAAGAGUUUAUUCAGGAUCUAGAAAAAAAUAAUCCCUUUUUUAUAAAAAUACAUUAUACCAUAAUGUUUUAAUGGGACAACUAAAAACAUCAUUAAUUGUAUAAUGUAUUGUACUUGAAGGACUAAAACCCUUUAAAGCCACGGAGAGAAAGGUGCUUAAGGUGUCAGUACUCCCGGCAGUCUAAACCUAUAGAAGCAUGACUAAAUCUUGAACCAGCUCUAACCUCACAGGCUUUAUACAAAAGAAAGUUUUGAGUCACUCUUAAAGGUAGAGAGGGUGUCUGCCCCCAAUAGAGGGGCACAUCACUCCUGUCCUUAGCUCCCUUCAUUGGCUUCCUGUCUCUUUUAGGAUUGAUUUUAAAUUGUCACUGGGGUGAUCGAGCCUUUUCAUUUGCUGGUCCCAAGCUCUGGAAUAAGCUCCCCAUCGAAAUGAGACUCAUUUCCGACCUGGGCCUUUUCAAAUCCGGAUUAAAAACGUAUUUAUUUAUGAUGGCCUAUAAUACCCAGUAGAAUGGUGACACUUUAUUUUAUUGCAUUGUAUCUUAAAUAACUCCAGAUCGUGAACACUAAACUAAAAAUAUCAUGUACAAGAAAGAAAUGUUUCUAAAGAGUAUUUCUCAGACUGAGAAGAGAUUUCAGUGAGUUACAUAAACUUCUUCUUAUUUAGGUGUAAUGUAACCAUGGUUACACAAAGUUUCUGCUUGCAUCUGACUAAUCGCUCCAUCUUGACUGUUAUUCAGCUGUGAGUGUGACCUUAGAGAAGCAGAGAGGGACAGAUCUGAGAAAGGACUUCAUACACACUUAAAAAUGCUCAUACACAAAUUUUUAGCUGCAGCUUUUUGUACAAAGAGAUUAUAAAGUGGAGAUGUAUUAUUAAAGUGUUCUGCAUUCAACAAAAAAGUGAUGCACAGAGAUUUAUACCUCUGGUGUGGAGUGAGCUGAGGUUAAUGUAAAAGAAAGAGCAUAUUUAAGCUGGUUCGGUUAAAUAUUUAUAUCUUUUGGAUGUACAACUGGAUUAGCACGCUUUGGAAAAGAGAGCUCAAAAUCCUGCAGAGCCUCCAGUCCUCAUCUUGAUGGGUUUAGUGGUCUUGGAUGUUUUGUAGCAACAAAUUUCAGUCCCUUUAAGAUCUCAGAUUGCACAGCUUUAUAAGUUGUGUAACCUUGUCUGGAUUUCCAGGUGUGUGCGUGUUAACUGUGUGUAUUCGUAUUCAGUGUUCAGUAACAUCGUGCCCAACAGUGAGUAUCAGGCUGCACAGAUAUUCAGCAACAGAGAUAUGAGCGUGUACAAACAUCCCUCGGGGCUGUCACGAUGUGUGUAUAAGCUAGCACACACUGUACUCGGAGCUUCACCAUGCUUAACACUCUUUGACACACACACAUAAACACGCACAGUCUUUAUGUAGGUCCGGUGUAGUGAAGCGUGUGAUCUAACCUACAUCUUCAGGGCUGAACAGACAGUCAGCAGCGUUAUGAAAGAGAGAGAGAGGGUAAAGUGAUGCUCGUUCGUCCAUGUUCAAACAAACCUAAACUUGUCCUUGUCCGCGGAAAUCUGCUCCACGUGUCUCUAAAAAAGCUUGGCUGAAGGCCAGAACUUGGCUCCAGGAAAAGUUUUAACUGAAUUUGUGAGAAUUAAGAGAGUAAGUGGAGUCUGAGAGACAGCACCCUUGGCACGCACGCAUUAACACACACCAGCAGCACCCUGCUGAGAGCCUUCAGCAGGAGACUGGCUCUCUGUCAGAUAAUGACCUCCGACCUGUCACUGGUAACCCAAGAGGAAACGAAUAGUCGAACAUGCACUAAAAUUAUAUCAUAACUAUCGCUCAGAAGCGUCCAGGGCAGAGGUAGCUUACACAUCUGUGUAGACUCCAUUAAUGCUGAACUAUAUAUACAGGCUUAGGGAAUAGGGAUGCACCGAUCCGAUAUUUGGAUAUCGGCUCCAAUAUCGACAAAUUAACUGGAUCGGAUAUCUGAUCAAUGACGCCAAUCCAGCGUUCCGGUCCAGUCUUUUUUUUUCUUUUAAUAAUGCUGCAUUGGAGUUACCUCGGAAGUCAGAAGAGUUCUUAGCAUUUCAGUUACCAAGUCGGAAAAAAGCAAAAUCAGAGGCGGAAACAAGAUGGCUACAUCUACGAAAAUUUAUUAUAGCGCUUGUCUUUGCUUAUAUUCAGACAAGGCAAGCGCUAAAAUAACUUUGGUAGAUGUAGCCAUCUUGUUUCUUCCUUCGAUUUAGCUUUUUUUUGACUUGGUAACUAAAACGCUGGUAACUCGGGUGUGACGUCAUUCCAAGCUCAGACUUCUGACUUCUGAGGUAACUUAAACGCAGCAUUAAUAUCAUACACAGCAACACAGCGAUUCUGUUCACUCUAUAUUCUAUGCCUGUCUCUCCUUUUGCACUAAAUGUUUACAUGGAAGUCUUACUUCUUUUUGCUGUGUGCUAAUGUGCAAUUUGUUAUUUGUUAAUAAAUAAUAUUAAGUAAAUUUUCAUCUGUGUUAAUUUGUUACCUUUUUUUAACAAGGCUAAAGUAAAGCCUGAUGCCUUCAGUCCCAGGGAAAGGUUUACAGUUCAUUCAUUCAACAGUAGUAUUGGAUCGGCGUCAGAUAUUGGCCGAUAUGCUCAGCCCAGGUAUCGGUAUCGGAUUGGAUCGGAAAAAAAUGGACCUCUGCAUCUCUAAUAGGGAUAACAUAUGCUGACAUUCAGACUAUGACUUUUUCAGGGAAGACUUUCAUAUUUCAGCAAAACAAUGAUAAACUACUUUCUGCACAUAUUACAACAGCAUGGAUUUGUUGUAGAAGAGUAACAACAAAGGAGACCAGACAGUGUUGAGCAGCUGAAAUCUGUAUCAGACAUUUUUAUUUGAGUAUAUCAGGGACACUUCUGUUGUUCAGGUCAGUUGUCAUCCAAAUUUCAAAGUGGGUCAAAGCAAACACGGUUUUGUCCAGUUUGGUCCUCAGAGAAAAAUGUGUGAAAGGACUAUAAAGAGGCCACGCUGAAAGACCCACAGUUUGAAAAGAGAGGAACGAGGGCAGCAGAUUGCCAUGAGCCAUGUCGCCUCUAUAGAGCAGAGUUAUUAGAGGGACAGUCCCCUGCAGUUACAGUGUUUUCAUUUCCAAGUUCACUCAAAAAGGAGUUUGUCAUUGAAAAUCACUGCAGCAAAACAACAUUAAAUUAGCUUUAGCUUUUGUUGAAUCAGAGGCUGAUUUUGUUGGGAAAGUUUACUUGAAGAUUUGGGAAGUUUUUUGCAAAAGUUGGGCUGCGUUUAAUUUCUGUAGUUUGAACCAUUAAGGAGAUUUAUGGUUAAUAACAUCAAAUAUCAGACUGCAGCAACUAACAGCUCAGCUAUUCAGGCAGAUAAUUGGUAGAUUUAAAAAUUACUUUCUUUUUUUGCAUCUUUACCCCUCAAGAACAAUAAACAAUUUGUUUUUUUGGCAAAAUGAGGAAUUUUGGGACACUAUCUCAGGCUUUGGAUAACAUCUCUUAAUAUUAUUGAGCACUUUUUGACAGCUGAACAACUACUGACACACAAAAUUUAUACUGACUUUGUCUUCUCAUCUUGAUCAGAAGACAUGCAGAGACAAAUUGGAUAAAUGUUUUUAAAGCCAAGGUCUCUGUUAGGCAACAAAUGUUAGUUUCUGUGCAAAAAACUUCAGACUCUAUACAUUUUCUGCCUUUUUUGUGGUGCAUAAAUUCACUAAACUUAAAGAGAAAUAUCUCAUUCUCCCCGUGCAGAGCGGAUCUUCGAGGAUCAUGAGAACCUGGUGGAAAACCUCCUGAACUGGACCAGAGACAGCCAGAACCGCCUGAUGUUCACUGAACGCAUCGAGAAGUACGCUGUGUUCAAAAACCCACAGGUGAGAAUCAAAACCUUCACCUUUCAACACAAUGAUGACAGAUUUUACUCAAUUUUUCACGUUUUUCUAUCUUCUUCCUCCUCCAUUUGCUACAGAACUAUUUGCUAGGGCGGAAGGAGACAUGCGAGAUGGCUGAGAGAAACAAAGAGGCUCUUUUAGAGGUUAGUUUUCUCCUCUGCACACAGCUCCUCUCUCAAAAGCAUUCUUCCGCCAAACAGCUUCAAAUUUUAAUGUCUUCUGUCUGAUUCUUGCAUCAACUACCACACUGGAUGCAUGUGAAUGUGAUACUUUCAGGUUGACUUUUCAUGGACAAAACGUCUUAAACUUUGGCCUUUAAAGCAGCGAGUCGCAUGAGAAUCAGAGGAGGUGCAGUUUAACUUUACAGAUGUUUAUAUCUUUGGGUUUAAGCUUGUUUCUUAAAACCUAAUAAAGCUGUAGGGGUGAGCCACUCAGAGUUGAUAAUAUGAACCCACACUCCUGCACAUGCUUCAGGUCAAAAAACAUAUAAUUCAGUAAGUAUUUAUACCUACUGCCACAUUUUCUCCUCUUGUAAAGUCAAAAAUAAAGCAGUAAAUUUCAGGGUUAUUUGUGUUUAAGACAAAAAUAUACUACUACUAUUUUUAAAGAAGUAUUUUAAUGUUGAGUAUGAGCAUUAAAAUAACCCAGAGGAGUUUUUGUAGCUUUGUCAGUCCUUACUCCGACUCAGUUAACAUUUCCACCUUGAGAAGAAUAUUUUAAGUAAAUAUUUUUUCCUGGACUUCUUCUGUUUUUUUGUUUUUUUUUAAAUAUGGUGAUAUUGGUUUGAAUAACAAAAAGUAAGCACAUUAAAUUUUAUCAACUUAUUUCCCCAGUCUUUUACAAUACAUUAAUUUAUCCACUUUUCAUUUUACAUACACUGUCAUCUUUUUUUUUUCUUUUUGCAAAUUGAAAGGUUUGAUAACAAAUAAAUAAAAAUGUCUCAGUUGUGAAACUGUGUGUGUCUUUAUGUUUCAGGAGUGUUUUGGCGGCAGCUCUGUGUCCGUUCCCGAGAUGGAGGGAGUUUUGUGGCUGAAGGAGGAUGGGAAGAAAUCAUGGAAGAAGCGCUACUUCCUGCUAAGAGCUUCUGGUGUUUACUAUGUCCCCAAAGGAAAGGCUAAGGUGUGCAGAGAUAAUAACAUUUCUUUAUUCUAUCAUAGUAAUGUGACUUAAAAAAUAAACAUAAAAAUGAGCUGUAUGUGUGUGUUUUCAGGCAUCCAGGGACCUGGUGUGUUUCCUCCAGCUGGAUCAUGUUAACGUCUAUCUGGGUCAGGACUACAAGAGCAAGUACAAGGCUCCUACAGAUUACUGCAUGGUGCUAAAGGUACACUACCAUCUUUACUCAUACAUAUUAAAGAGGUGAUAAAGAGGUCCGGGAUAUUAUACUAAGUCAGGUUCAAGCAGUCAUAGUCCUGCAGUGCCACCUGGUGGUGUGGCAGAGUCAUGAUAUCCACAGGAUUCCUUGAGUUGGUUUGCAUUCUGCAGAUCCCUGGAUAAUUUAAUGCACUGGGGUGUACUAUCAAGAAUAUCAGAGCACUGCAGUGUGCAAGACCUCUUUUUCUGAGUCACUCUGCAUGGACUUAGCACCUUUUCUCCUCUGCGGUUUGGUGUGACAAGAGUGUUCUAACUACACAACCUUGGAAAUCUACAUUUUGGGGGCAAAGACAGCUCAAAUUUUGCAUUACUUCGAAGACACAAUGCAGCAGGAUCUAGAAAUGAAACAAAUCCUGUUUUUAAUCAGUUUUUAAGUAUAUGUGUUUUAUUUUUUAAUCAAGGGUUAGUGAGAUUAAUACUGCACACAACAGACAGCAGGGAUCAUUAGAGACACAAUAGUCUUUUUUUUACUAAAAACAAGGAAUAUACGAUAUGAAUGGCAAGGCUGAGUUCAUUGUAAAAUUUAAUUGAUUGGUCUAAUUGCUCAGACUUUUAUCAGGAAUCAGUGAAGUACAGUAAUCUGAUUUAAAAACAAACGUCAUGCACAGAAACCUUGCACAGUGCAUGAGUUAAAUGCAUUUGCUUUGAGUCCAAUUCAAUUAUUUUCUAUCCAACACAAAAUAUUCACAGUACGAAGAAAAUUGUCAUCAGCGUCUCGUUGUUGCUUUUGUUAUUUGAUCAUAUAAAACAAUUAACUAAGAAUAACAUAUAGGAUUUUAACAAUAGAUGAACUGGCAUGAACAUUUCAUCACUUUUUUAUAAUUUCUUUAUUAUUUAUGUUUUUUAAUCAGCUUCAUGAGUACAGAGAUGAGUCAAUGUCCUAUAUUUCUAAACGCCUCUAUUACUGUCCUCAUCUACUGUGGUCGUUUGUUAGGUUUUUGUCUCACUGUUGUUUGGAUUCAAAGUCACUGGCGGACUUAUUUGCACAAGAUUUCACUCAAUGCUGUCAAAUAAGAAUGUAAAAUCUCAAUAAAGAAGCCAGGGCAUUAAACCUACUUUUACAAUAAAGAGGCAGAGUAGGGUAUAAUUUGGUUAAUAUACCAAUGCUUUGGUGUUCCAACAGUUGUUACAGGUCUAAAUUUAGCCACAAGGUAUCCUGCAGAGUAUAAAGAAAUCUGUGUGUGUGUUUCUAUAAAUAGCACCCUCAGAUCCAGAAGAAGUCUCAGUACAUAAAGUACCUCUGCUGUGACGAUGUCAGAACGCUCCAGCAGUGGAUCAACAGUAUCCGAAUCGCCAAGGUAAAAACUUCAAACUGUUUUCAUGACUUUCUUGAGUCUGUUUCUGCAAAAAAAGUGACAUUAACUUAUUAGUUCCCAGACUGUACUAAAUGUUCAUCUGCCAAUACCUUUGUUUCUGUUUUACCAUCAGUAUGGGAAGCAGCUGUACAUCAACUACCAAGAAGCGAUGAGGAGGACAGAGGCGGCCUAUGAUUGGUCCUCACUCUCAUCCUCAUCCAUCAAGUCAGGAUCGAGCUCCUCCAGCCUUCCAGGUCUGAAAAAAAUCAAUUUUUCUAUACCAGUCACUUCCAUUCAUAGGUACAAGAAAUUAAGAAAGCUAACUUAUUUUUGUCCUUAUACCUGCAGAGUCCCAGUCCAACCACUCCAGCCAAUCAGACAGCGGCGUAUCAGAGCUGACAUCAUCAGGCCACACCCGCUCUCAGAGUGUCGUCAGCUCCAUCUUCUCUGACGCCUGGAGAAGAGGAACACAGGGAGAGGUAUGAACACACUCCUCCAAACAAUCACUGUCCAAUUAUUCUCUGUCAUUUCAUGUCUCAUUUUUGGACUACAAUUCCCAUAAUUCCCCUCUGCUUCCCUGCCAGCGGUCAAUGGUGAAGGGACGUAUGCCUGUUCCUCUUUGUGUAGGAGGAGAAGGAGGAGGAGGGAGUGGAGGUUAGACAGGAUGUCAAGUAACUGGCAUGUUAACGGUGUGGCUUAAAACCUUUUAACUGUUUGUGUUGAUUUGGACUGACCUUUGUUAAAAACUGUUUGCUUUGAGUUUUAAAAGAUACUGUAACCAGCAAGUGUAGCUCGGGGUCGGGAUUGAUAUCAUGACACCUUAACACAAUUUUUGAAGAUUAAUUUGGAAUUUAUUGUGCCUCUAAUGAGAGGUGAGAACAGGUCUGGAUAGAACUGUAAACACUAGAAGAGAGAGUGUGCGGCUUGUUAUGGACACCCUGCUUUCAGUUUUGUGGAUUGGUGUUUGACAGAGUGUGACACAGCAAUAAGACUCCGAUUUAAAAGGUAACUGGACUUGGUCGCAACAAAUGGUUUCUUAGCUUGUCCGAGGACAAUGGUUCCGUACAAUUUCUUGAAUUACCUUGAAGCCGUACAUUUCAGAGAGUUUGCUGUCUUUAUCAAAAAGUUGAAGGUUCACUCCCAAGUUCUGUUGUCUACACACCAAAGUGUACUUAACCCCAAACCGUCCCCGGUGCUGUUGUGUGAAUGGGAUUGUUAAAGACUAACGGGGGUGUUACGUAGCAGCCUCUACCGACAUUCAGUGUUAAGGUGUUGUAAAGUGGCAAAGGUGGCGAGUAAUAAAAAAGUUCACUGAGGGUUAGAAAACUGGAGGAAGCACAAUAAAAACAUAGGCUGUGUACCAUUUACCUUUUAGGUGUUCUUUACAGACAGCAUCCUGUGGAUUAAUAAUGGCGUGCAGUUAGUCAUUAAUGUUUCCACUUUAAGAUGGACAGGAGUGUGCUAGUUUGCUGUUUGAAUCCUUGCAUCGUGUUUUUGAUUGUUUCAGAAUGAAAACAGUAAAGUUGUGGUUUUUUUCUCUCUUUUGUCUCCUUCCUUACCCUUCUUUCCUACCUCUGUGCUUCCUCUCUUCCUUUGUUCCUCUCUUGUCUCUUCUUACUUCCCUCCAGAUGAUGAGGAUCGACCCUAUCAGUAGACCCAUCCCUCUCCAGAUACCCUCACUCCCCCAACAGACGCUUCCUCACUCUCAGCCUCAGACUCCACCCUCCAGGACUAGCUACACCGACAGCCUUGUCCAGUCUGACGACUCCUCUCCAUCACCACCCUCACCUCCUCCACCGCCGCCACCUCCUGUUGCGACUGUAACUCAUCAGGCAGCACCUACCUCCUCAUAUGUGAAGUACAGCACGCUGGCUCGCCUUCAGAACCAGAACCAACCCAGGACACAGCCAGUAGACGCUGCCCAAGUUCCCCUUCCCAACCAGACUACAAAACCCAACUACAAUACUCUUCCAGCUACCUACCACACCCAAACCACAUUACCCCCAUCUCCUCCACCUCCACCUCCUCCAACAGCACCAGCUCCUGGAUCAGCAAUGGCAGCACUGAAAUAUGGUGCAACAAGCCCCUCUUGUCUCCCACCGCCACCUCUGGAGGAGGACCUACAGGAGCCUUCUUACCUUCCACCACCUCCUCCUGAGAGCCUUGAGACCAAUGGAUUGCCUCCUCCACCGCCUCCUGAGCUCCUGAACUCCUGCCCCCAACUCUCCAACAGUGGCCUCCAGCAGUUUCUGUCGCAGAAGUUUCCAAACAUGGUGUACGACUUUACCCCAGGAGCGGCUGAUGAUAAUUCCCCUCCUGCACCUCCACCCGAACUUUCUCCUCCUCCUUCCCUUCAAGCUCUACGACCUGUGUCUCCAAAUGCACCCCCGCCUGCACCUCCCAAAACCUUCACAGGCGGUUUCCCCCCUCAAACUGCUCCCAAACCCUCAGGCCCAUCUUCCCUUCCUAUUGCUCUAUCACCUGUUUCACCAACGCAGCCCCAAAGUGGCCAUGGACCAUUUAAAAAGCAGCAAAGCUUCUCAACGGGACAUUCCCCAAAUCAGCCACCUCCCACCCUGCCAAAGCAGCACAGCCUCUCUUCCAAAAACCUUGCCAUCUCCCCCUCUUCCUCCUCUUCCUCGGUCUCCAUUGCUGCUGCUACCUCCUCUUUAGUCAAACAGAUUGUCAAUCAGUUCCCAGGAAACUCAACUCCUUUACCCACCUCCAACUCUGCAGAAGGCUCCAAGAUUAACACUCCCCAAUCUCCUCCAGCGGUCAAGGCCAAACCAAAAUGGCAGCCAGGAGGAGUAAUGGCUCCACAGUCACCCGAAUUCCCCCCACCUCCUCCAGAGAACUCAGGAGGAGAAUUUCCUCCACCACCUUCAGCUUCCAACAAGACAGGCUCGCCAAUAAAGAAGUCACCUUCUUCCUCAUCCACAGGAUCCACCAAGCGAGGUCCUCCACCAGCUCCACAAAGAGCUUCCUCAAUUAAGUCCAACUCAGGCGAGACCCAGGAUGAGAGGCCAAAGAAGGUGGAGAGCCUUGUCAGUAAAUUUGGACAAGCCCCCCAAACCGCAAGUUCAUCUAGCUCCUCAUCAGUGACCGGAUCUCCUUCAAAAGAUCCUUCUAACCUCCCCGCUCCGCUCCCCAAACCAGGGAAACUAAACUUGGCAAAUCUUCCGCUGGCACUCCAGGGUCUGCAAACAGGCCAACACCAACAACCUGAGUUCCCGUCCCCACCUCCCCCGCCUCCCCCAUCCAACACUCAUCAUCUUGACUCACCUGACUACUUCCCACCUCCCCCAAGUGACUUUGAGCUGUUCCCUCCACCUCCCCACCCAUCAGAGUUCCACCACCCGCCAAAGGUUGCCGUGGUGAACCCCCAGCCUCAAAUGCAGCCGCCCCAACAGGUUGUGUCCCCCUCUGUGUCUUCGUCAUCAUGGAAGCAAAGCUCGCUGAAAAAGGGGGCAGUCCCUCCCCCGAUGUUGAACCGGCGGACCAGCAACCAAUAUGAAAACUCAACAUCAAUGCCCCUGUCGCCACCGCCUCUGUCUCAAACCCCACCUCCCUCCCUGUCCUCUUAUUCCUCUUCCUCCUCCCCGGUCCCUCCCACCUCCCCAAAAUCAGCAGGACCAGUCUCUUUGGCGCUAAAGCCUCAUUUCCUGGAAGACCUGAACCGCACCCUUAAGAGAAAAUCAGUGUCUCGCCAUGGCUCGCUCACCUCUUCCACUCUCAUCCCCUCCUCUAAGAUGGAGCCUGUGGGCACUAUGGACGACAUGGCACUCCUCCCGCCUCCUCCCCCUGAGCUCCUGCAGCAGCAGCAGCAUCAGGGUGUCAGAGGACAAUCCAAAACUUUGUCCCGUCACCAUGCACACUCGCAAUCCGCCAAACAUGCCAACAUCUCAGGCUAUGCAACACUGCGGCGAGGUCCACCUCCCCAACCUCCAAAACGGGACCAAAGCACCAAACUGACCAGUGAGUGGUAGGGGGCGAGGGCUGGGGGUGGAACCUAAAGGACUAAAACUGACUAUUUAGGUCUCAUUGUUACUGCAGAAAAGAAAUAAUCAAUGUCUGUCUUGACUUGUCCGUCUCUCCUCAUCCUAAACCAUCCCCCCUCGGAUUCUGAGCAAGUCGCAAGUCGUCUUUCCUACUCUUAAUCUCAGAUUAUGAUUGUUCCUAUUAGCCUCAUUAUUACUAUCAUCCUCCUUAUUACUAUCAUUAACAAUACGUGUUUAAUCCAGUGACAUGAGUAAAAAUAUAUAUAUGUAAAUAUAUAUCUGUAUACAAGCAAGCCAGAAGAAUCACCUAUGGAGCUUUUUUCACUAUGUCUGUGCAGCUUUGCAUUGAAAUAUACAAAAAAGACAAGACUUGAACGACAACAGCAACAGAGACAAUUUGCUGCAAAUUGGUACUGCAUGGAACCGCGGCAACAGAAGUAGCGUUACAUGAAGGGAAGGAGCGAUCGAUUGAAGGAAGAAGAAAUGCAAACAUGGCCGAUGUGUAUAGAAAUGUAUGUUGUGGACUGGCGCGGAGGGAGCAUUGCCAUUUAUUUCAAACUUUUUUGUGUGUGUGUUUUUAUAUAAGAUUAUUUAAUACCUGAAAGAUAUUGUUAUUAUAAUUAUUUUAAGUUUUUAAGUGUCAAAUGGGAAUGAGUUUGACUGGAAGAGCGUCUGUAUUCUCAAAGUAUGUCCAAGUGUUAUUAAUCUGGGUUGAGAAGGUAGCAUACAGCUGCUUCCGCUGAGUUUGUCUGUAGAUCAUUCAAGGAAAUAGCGUUUCUUCAUUUUAGAGCAUCAUUGCUGAUUGGUCGGUGACUAAGAACAUGUAAGAAUUAGCACUUAAAUGCACUCAGAACAAAUAUUUGCUGCAAAUCAGGAGGAAAAUUGACAAGUACAGUUAGAACUUUGCAAAAUAUUGACUUUUCUGGGUUUGGUUUGCAAAGUAUUUCUGUAAAAAAUAAAACUUUAACUGUACUGAGUCACCAAUUUAUAACUAAUUUGGCCUAAUAUCUUUGACAGUCUUUAUACAAAUCAGUUUGGACACAAUCCUAUGUAAAUUCAUCCAAUAGCUUUGCAGUUAGGUCAUGUAAUUGGUUAGCUAGUAGACUAUAAGUAAGCUAGUCGACUACAAUGAACUGAAAUGUCUGAAAGAAGGGGAUCAUUGUUUGCUGGUAAUAAACCAAUCACUUGUUUGUCAUCUGAAUGCCUGGUUAAUCCCUAUGCUGGUAAAGUAUUAAAGGUGUGUGUCCAGGAUGCCGUGGAAACAAGUGCCUGUAAAACAAAUCUGCUAUAACAGCUCGCAUUAACAUCCCGGUGUGUAGAAACCCCUGACCGUUACUUCUGUGAUGUUAGCCAUUAGCUUUUGAACUUCCAAGUGCCAUCUUUUGCUGCCAUCUUUGUAGACAAUGCAAGCAGACAAGCCAAAUUUGGAGGGAAAGAAAGAAGCUGAUGUGGGAAAAAGAGUUGCAGAUAACAUUGUUGAUAGUACUAGUUUCAAACAAACAUGAAGCAACACAACAUACCUCUCUGUAGACCUGUAUUUGUCACUCAAAGAAGAGCGACCCCAGGAGUUAUUGUGAUAAUUUGCAUUAUAAAAACAAAAGUACCAUAGUAACUUGUCAUAACUGUGUUUCUCUCAACUUUUAUCACUCUGGCACCCCCCAGUGGUUGAAUUAAAAACGACAUUGACAAAGAACUAAGGUCACCAUUUUACUUUUUACAGUGCGAUUUAACCAGCGAUAUAAUUUUGACCCCAGUGAUUUGUGUGUCUGGACUUAGUUUCUGCACUAUAACAUUAUUUUAUUGCAAUCUGUAUCUUGUGCUUAUUCUUUCAUGGUCUACAAAGGCAACCAAGCUAGGGCAGCCCGAAUAAUCUCCAUCAGAAAUCUGCUGCAACUUCAACACCGUGUGCAAAAUUGUAAGAUAAUUGCAUUGUUGAAACAUACAUUGCAAAUGAAGAAAAAAAUAAAAUAAAACUGUAUUGGCACUCACCGCUCUCUGAUGCAACAGUUAUUUCCAUGAGCAUGGGGGCUGAAACACUGAAACAAAGAGAAAGAGCCUCUUGAAAUAACUUAGCAUGACUCUCAUAAAGUCCUUCAACUGGUGAACAGUAUCUGUAGCAAAUUUUAAAGUUAUUUGACCUUUCAGACUGAAAUAAUUCAACACUCAAGGGGUGCAACAUUAGCAUUUGAUGUUUUUCAUAGUGCAUUAUGAAUUAAAAGAAAAAAAUUAGACUCCUUGGAAUUAAUUUCUUACUUUGAAUGUCUUGAUUUGGAUUCUGGGAAUUUGUAAUACAGAUUUUUUUUUUCCUUUCCCACCAUACUGGCAUUAAAUAAAAAGUGCUUGGACAUUCUCACAGAGCUCUGGUUAUUAAAUUAAAACAUGAGUUCACAACUGUUAAUUAAUUUCCAAUGUGUCUGCAAAAUAAACGAUAGAAGGCAGUCAGAUAGUAUUCUUAAAUGCACCAUUGACACCAGUUUAGACAGGCAUUUAGUUAAACCAGUAUCUUCAAUAGUUAUCCCAUACACCCUUUCAUAUUCAAAGACAGAAAUGUGUCCAGUUCAACUCACAAAGGCUUCUUAAACACACUUUUGAUUCAGAGUUUGAAGAUUGUUUUUCUCAUGAUGUGCAGCUCUACUUUGGUCCUGUAUUUGUCACCCUUACAGUCAUUAGAUGAAACGAUCUGUAUGAUAUUUUACACACAAUAAAGCAACGCAGAUGCCAAAAUUUCAACACUGCUGCCCAGUUUUGAUUUCAAAUAUACAGUCUUUUUUUUUUUUUUGAAGCACUAAGGGUUUGUUCUAAUGUGUUAUGUUUAAAAAGUGAUUUCUCCU